GUUUACAGCAGAGAUUCCACGGAGGAGCGGAGACCCACAGCCUGCUGCUUCGAUCGAGGGCGAACCGCUUGGAUUUCAGCCUCGGGAUAUACAUGCCACGGGAGUUUUUUUUAAUAAACCCUCCGCCUUCUUAUGAAGAUAAUCGCAGAAGAAGAAACAAUCUUAAAAAAGGACAACUCCUUGGGUUUAUUCUCCCUCCCACCCCGGCCGAGGUCGUCUAGCUGGAGCGAGCUGGAGCCCCAUUCUCCUGCGUGGCACAAGUCUGGUGUUUUCUUUCAGCUGCAAAUCCCGACUGACGGCGGAGAUAAGUCCGAACCGAGGAGCUAAGAAAGAGGUUUAGAAACGACUCCCGCCGUCAGGGAUCGAGAGCCUGUGCUGGCUGAACAGCAUUAGCAGAAAAGGGGGUUUUUCAUUCAUUUUCAGCCUUCCAGCCACCACCCCUGUGGACCUGGACGUGUUUUCAGCUCCUCUCCUCCCCUCACACACAGGCGAGCGACACUGGCGUUACUUUAUAAUGCUGAUACAGGCUUCUUGUGAUACAUUUUAGGUGUUGUAUUUUACAUUGAACACACCGGGCCUGGUCGCUCAAUACGCGCACUGCUGUUUUCCAGAGAUGGAGACUGAAGAUGGGGAUUACCAUCAUUUAUCCAGUAAAAUCACUGGCUUGUGUGCCAUACCAGCCGACGUCAAAGUAUUUUCAGAUUGGCAAAAAUAGCAGACUGUUUUAGUAUUUUUCUGCUCCAGAGGAAUCACCUUUUCCUGCAAUUUAUGCAGAUUUAAUUCUGUGUUUAUUUUUCAUUAUUUUUUAUAGAGAAAAUCGUCGUAUCAACGCAAACCACGCAUUUGGAAGCUACCAGAGUAGCCUUUCGGGCUACAGACACAUUUACUUUCUCUUUUGUCCUGUUUUUUCUCUUAAGAGGAGUGUACAAUUUGGCCUCUGAGGAUAUUUGGGAGGCAAAUAAUGUCAAGGAACAUGAGAUCUGACACACCGACCUUGUUUUGGGGUCUGAUGCUGUCCGUCUCCACCUUCUGCAUCUGGUCCACACAUGGAGAGAGUGAGUAUCCUUCUUAUUCAAUAACAAAUUGUGUGCUUUGUAUUUAGUGUUGCAGGUGUAUUGUUAAAAUAUGUAAAAGGCCUUACACUAAACACAGUAUCCUCUCUGUAACUCAGUUCAUCCUUUUUGUGAAUCAGUUUUUCUGAAUUGAAUGGAAAACUGUGCAAAACGGCACGAUAAUGCCUAUUUAAAUGUGUAUUUUUUGGUAACAUAUUAUAAGAAGACUUGAAUUAAGAGGACAAACGUGAGUCCAUACAUCAUCGACGUGUACUUUUUACUUCAACAUUAGCUGAGGACCAUGUGGUAGCUACAGCUGCUUGUCUCUGGCUCAACACAAUUACGCAUAAUCUGCGUUAUUCUGCGCAAAAAUCCCCACAUCUGAUCAAGGUCUUUAGGUUGUCUGGAAACAGACACACGUACUCGUCACAUGUAGCCUUAAUCUUCACGUUAGACAUGCAGGGAGCAGAGGAUGAAUCCAGGGACCAGGGCUGAAGGUUACUCCGACCAUGUGGCCAUUUUGCAUUUCGUGGCGAGGCGUCGCUGCGCAUGAACAACCAGAAUCGGAGCGAGUGUUUGUUUCUUAAAAGGACAUACAGCCGUGAAAAAAAAUAUUGUCAGUAAAUGUAAAAAGGCUAACCUCAAACCAAGAUCGUCACUGACACGUAAAAAUGAUUUACUACAGAUUUUAAAAAGCAAUAUUGUCUCAUAUAGACCUUUUAUACAGUCUGCAUCUUAAACUGUUAAAUUGUUAAUUUAAGCUUAAAACAUACCUGAAUCUCUUGCUUAUUCUUAUCCAGUAUUUUCCUUAUUUUUUCUUUAAGCUGAACAGUUCAAUAAAAAUAAUAUUAGAAAAUGUGUUUAAUUUAAAACACUAAAAUAUGACAACUGUUGUAUUCAGUUAUACUUAACUCUUGUGAGCUUAUUUGACAUACUGCAGAAACUAAAUACAACUUUAUAUUAGUUACUGGUUACAGAGUUCCUUAACAUGACAAACUUUUAAGUUACAACUCGCAUCUUCAUGAUGUGUUUUGUGGGUUUCAAUUUAUUCCCGCCUCAUCCUACAUCUUUGCCAGUAAGAGUCUUGUUAGUGUCGAGUCUCUAAAAAGGAAUCACACACCUGUUAAAAUGUUAGUACUGCAGAUAUUAAAGAGACUACAGUUUAUAGAUCAUGUCGCCUAUGCAUACUUCUACAAAUAUUCUUGUAUAUAUUUAAUAUACAGCAAAUCAGAAAAGUGAAAAACAAAUGAAUAUGAUGAGCUCUGGUGAGGUCUUUUUAAAAAAUUAAACAGAAUUUACAAAAAAGAGUCAACUUUCUCUCCAAGAUCUAUGUUGUCAAUAAAAGGCAAAAUUUCUGUGGCUGUACUUGACGUAAUGAAAAUGUUGCCUUUGAAAUAUGACACACUCAAUGUGUUAAUUCAACCACUUAUUUUACCUGUGGGUCAGUGGGUCUUUUCUGCUGCAUCCUCCAAACUUGGACACAGAGGUUGUGAUUGUGUGUAACUUGGGUGGCACAGCGUAAGUUUGUUUGUGCAUGCUCAAGGUGUUAACGUCACUUCCGUUCAACUUAGUUUGCCUGUUUCAGACGGUAGAAAAACUGGAGAAACUGACAUGGGAAGAAGACACACUCACUGACCUCUUUUAGCAUUAAAAAAGAAGGGGAAAAAAACGUAAAUUUUACUCCUAUUGAGCGGCGGUGCAGACACAGCCGUGUAGGGUUUGCAUUUCUUUACACCCCCCUGAGCGGUUGUGACACCCAUGAACGCUGCAGGGGGCUUGGAGACAAGUGGCUGUUCCUUAGAUCUUGACACUCUGUGGUGUAUAAAACAUCAGAACAAAGCGCACAGAGACAAAGAUGGUUAAGACGAAGAAGACAGCUAUGGGUGUCAUCAGUUUUAACACUCAGGGAAUGAUGUGUACUUCAGUGGCCUGUGGAGAGGGUCAGAGUUUCCAGCUUUUAUCACCACUUAGAGGAAAAUCACAGAAAUCUGAGAGCUCCAUUAGGGGGUGAAAACUUUUUUCCUUUUUGUUGCUCUUUUUGUUUUGAUAAUCCGUCCACACAUAUAAAAUGUAAUUACGCUCCCUUUUAACUCUCACCGCAGUAAACUUUCCGUGCAAUGGCUUCCAAGUAUGGUGCACACAAGUCUCUAAAAGUUACAGAGCGAGAGGGAGAUACAGACUCUGUGUUUGUAAAAUAGACCGUGCAAAAAAUACACUUGCAACAUAGACAGGCAUGGUUUUGUUGAUUGGAAGAGUAGAGAGUUUGUGGACUGUUUUAUUGGCUCGUGCUGUCCACACGGAGGAGCGCCCUCUCUUAUGGACUGAUGCACUUUUUCACUUCAUCACUUGGCAUAUACUAUUGGAGUUAUAAAUAGAUUUGUCACCAGCAAUAUUGGCUGAGGGGUUGUGUGAAUGCAGGCGCCCUCUGUCCGGUUCUACGAGGGCACUCCAGUGUUCCUGCUCAGUUAUUUAUGAAGGGACGUGUUGCUUCAGAAAACCUGAAUGGCGGCUUGAAUAAUCAAACGGCAGCGAGCAUUAUGUUUGACAGGCAGCCCCUCCUAUCUUCAUCCUUUGGGCUCCAGUGAGGUUCGGCGCAGAUCUUCUUGUCAUGAUAGGCCUAGUGGCUCAGGUUUGUCUGCUGUCAUUCUACUUCAAGGUGCCCCCAAACCUAUCUUGUAACUGGGGCUACAUGAUGACACGCACACACACACACACACACACACACACACUAUGCAUUUUCCUCCCCCUUACGUCUUGCUGAAUGCAGGAAUGCCUUGUCUUACCCCUAGCAAGAAAGUGUCGUGAGUGUUAUCUCUGUGUGUACAAAUGUGUUUGUGUGUUAUUUUACAUCUUUGUGUGUGUGUGUGUGUGUGUGUGUGUGUGUGUGUGUGUGUGUGUGUGUGUGUGUUUUGCAGCAGGACUCAGCAUGACAGCCUGAGUCAGUGGCAUGCCCCUGUGUGAGGAUGUGAAAGUGUGUCACUGGGCUAGUUUGUGAGAGGAUGGUCAAAUGCCGUCCUGCAGCUCCUGCAGGCUGCCAGCUGAGGUUUACAAUGCUUAAUUAAACACUUUAUAUCAAGAGGUCUGUCAAUGAAUUUGCUCCGAUAAAGUUUCCUGCCAAUCGUGCAUACAUCAUAACGGGCUGCUGGUUUAAUCACCCAUGGAGUAUUGGACAAUUUGUGGGAUGAUUGCAAAUGUGAGUUCCUCUAAUACAUGACAAUUGCCACAUCCAAGUGGAAAUCUGGUCAUCAGGUUGUGAAUGUGAGGGAAAGUUUCCAGAUUUUAGCAAAAAGACUUUGUGUUUCGUGUCCAUUUUACUUUCAUCACUUGUUCCUUUUGAGGGUGGUUGUAAGAUCUCUGUACACGCAGAGGUAGGGCUGCACGAUUUUGGCCAAAAAUAAAAUUUCUAUUUCUAUUUUUUAUUCAGUGACAACUUCACCAAACUUCACUAAUAAGUUUUUCUAUCAUCUCUCAAAAGGAAACCACUGAAAACGAUGACGCAAUAAAAGAGUAAAGGCUCAUUUAUACUUAACGUAACAUUCGAAUCCGGAUAUGGGUGAAGCUCUUCAUCCAUGCUUCGCAUUAUUUUCGUCUGUAUUUCUACACGUAUCCUUGAAGUUUACAGAUACCGGCCGGACUGAGCAGUACCACUGGAAACCUUGGGGGCCGUGUUGCUGCUGUCACUAUCCAACGAAGCAAGUUGUUGAAUACCGCAGCGGACAUCCUGAAGUACUGAAAAUGACAACCGUCGUCAAUUUCUUUCAUCUGUACUACCGUCAUUUGAAACGGACGUGCAUUUUCAUACGUAUGGAGAGCAUAAAUCAGCCUUUACCCUGAGUGUCACAUAAUCGUUUUGAGGGAUGAAGAAAGGUGUCCACACUGAAAUGAAAUGGUAGUUGUUUAUGGAUUUAUGCACUCCCUGACCCAUUUUCAAAAAGUACCAUUUACAGUUGUCCGAAAUGCCAUUUCUGUGUGGAUGAAACGCCAAUACGACAAAAAAACUUUUGCGUUUACUCCUGAAUUCGUUUCACAGUGGACCGGUUGAUACCGUCUUCAGACAGACUUUGCAGCGGGGAGUGGUUUGCUCUUCAUCUGAAACUGUACGGCCGUACCAAUUCCACACAACUGACUUGCUCUUGCCCUAUUUAGCCAUGAAAUUAUCGCCGUCUUUUGCAAACAUCAUGCUUAUUUACACUGGUGUGUGUGGGAACUGGGGCGCGCUCCUGCAGGAAGGUGAGAGACAUGAUAGGGAGGAAAAUCGAUUUGAUGAUUUAAAUUUUUUCAAUAUCGUCAUAAACAAAUAAUCUGAUUACGAUUUAAAAUCGGUCAAUUGUGCAGCCCUACGCAGAGGUUAACGCUUCAAAUAUGCAUGCACAGCUAUCGAAGGCGGCUAUGUCUGUGGCUCCAAAAAUAGGCCAGGAGGACAAUGAAGAAUAAACUAGAGUGGAAUAAAUGAGUAAAUAUCCACUAAUUUAUAAUAUUAACUGUAGCUCAUAUUUGUCUGUCAGUCUGCUUUUCCUGAUGUUGUAUAUGUAUUCCUCACGUUCAGAACAAAUCCUUCCUGAAUCCAGGAUAAAACUGAAAAGGAGAUUUUCCUCACUGUUACAUUAGCAUUUAUUAAUUGUCACUGUUCAGUAAGGGGUCAAGUGGUGUGUUGGUUUGAGUUGUUGUUGUGCUUCACAAAUCUGGUCUCCUUGGUAUGUGUGGUCUGUUUACAUGAGGGUAAUUCGAACUUUAUUCAUUUGGUGUAUUUAUUGGCACUGUUGAGUCUAUGCAGCACUUGAAUCCAAGAGGGGACAAAACAGUGUAUCAUAUUAUAAGGUAUCUAAUAUUUCUAAAUGUUCAUAAACUUCCCCCAAUGUAGUGUUUUUAUAUAAGACCUCAGAUAUUAGCUGAUCAGUACAACAAGUCUUACAUUUACUUUGGCAUUAAUUUAGAAAAGAAGUGAUAUAUAAUAUAAAUUUCCAGUUUAGAUAAAACCCUGAUUCCCGUUUUGAUAUGUGUUGCUGGUAUCAAACUUAAAAUAAUUACAUAUUCUUUACUAAACAGAAACAUUUUUUGGUUUCAACAUUUAAUUUGUUGUUUUUGCUCAAUUUUAAUUCAAUAAACUGAUGUGAAAACUAUUAAAUCCUUUUUUAAUCAACAUUUACACAGUGUCUCAUCUUUCAAGGAUUGUAAAUGAAAACUCUUCUCUUGUAUUUAGCCCUGAGAAACACCAAAAACCAGGCUUCCUGUCACCAUAUUGAACACUAAGUGAACACUGUAGCUUCAUGUGUUGGUCCACAAUGAUCAGGUUGUUGUGUGCUUGCCUCUCUCCCUCGCUGUGUGUGAGAAGGAGAUUUUGUGUGGGUGCAGUUGUUUUGAUGGGCAGUGUAGUGUUACUGUUUGGGGUUUUGCUGAUAUCUGAGCCACAGUGUUUGAAGUCAGGUCCGCCGAGGGGAAGUGGCCCACCAGACCGCUGGUCAGAUGACUUCCAGUAUGCUACGGAUUAGGGCCAGUUGAUGUGGCAGGUGUGAGGGGAUGUGACCGUUCUGUGACCAGGUUCUUCGCUGCUUCGUAACCAAAUGGAUUUAAGUGGAACGUUUCUGAAGCUGAUGCUUGGUGUUACAUUUCAAGAUGAAUACUGGUUGUGUUUUUGCAGCUACUUUUCUUUGUUUAGGAGUAAACUCUUUACUGUAUUGUGUUUUUAAAAUCGAAUAAAACUCAUCUAAAUCUCGCAUAAAUAAAAAAACAAAUGAAUUUGACUUUUGAAACCUUUAUUGCACAAAUAACUAAGGUGUAUAUAUAAGGUAUUAACUGAACAAAAACCUUACAUGUUAUUUUCAAUUAGCAUUUUUUUUUCAGUGUUGGAAAACAAAAUCAUUUGUUGCAUAAACCAGAGAAUUAGUGGAAAAACACAAAUAUACCUGACUUAGAAUAAGAGCUAAAAUAUCAGAUAUCAUAGAUGUGUCUUAUAUAAUUCUAUGUUUGAACUACUGAGCAUUUUCCACCCUCAUUGUGUCAAUAGUGUUUUUUAUACUCACUCAUAUUUAUCAUGGAGGAGAAAUGGAAAAUGCAGAUAUAAGGCUCAUGAUUGUCUGAGUUACUCUGAAAACAACAUCACGUCUUUUUCAGUCUGACUCUGAUAUUUAUGAAAUUGUAAUAAUCGGCACGUUGUGACUUAAUUCUCCAAACUUCCACCAGGUCAUGUUUGCAUUUGUGUGUGCUUGCUCAGGUGUGUGUAUGUGUUUGUGUGAUGACAUUUCCAUGGAGGGCCAGGGCAUGGUUUAUCAGUCAUAAACAUGAGCCAAUGGAUCCCGUUACACUGAGGAGAUAUGAGUGUUUACUCAGCAGUGUGAAGAGCAAAGAGAGAGAGAGAGAGUGGGGAGAGAAGCGCACACAUGUAUGUUGGCAUGUCCCCCCUUCUGUGGUAAAUACAGAUGCCUGAAUAUCCACAUCCCUCACAGGACAUUAUAUUCAGCACUUACACCCCCCCUUUCACCUCUUCCUGUCUACAUAGUAGUGAAUACAAAGGAUUGGUAUUUAAAUCUUGUUUAUCUUUGUUGUCUUCCCAAAAGAAUGGAAUGCCUUAAAGAAUGAGAGAAGUCUUGAGGCUUACUUUUCCAAGGAAAUGAUUGGAAUUCCUGCUACUUAACAGGCCUAAUGAGAUGGACAAGGGCGUCGCAAAGAGCUUUUUUCCUUUUAUUCCUCACUCUUUUGCUCUUUUCUUCUGACUUCUAUUUUUAGGACGUGUGCAAGUGUUUAUCAGUUUAAAGUAAAGAGGUAAUAGGCUGAAAUAUCUGCCAUUUAUAGCACGAGCGGAGACAUUAGAAGCAUUUCGAGGUUUAUGUUUGUCUUGGUUAAACACUGAUAGGAUGGCCCCGGAUAGCUAUGUUUGGCAGAAACCUUAUCUCUCCCUCGACACAGUAUCUCUCUUUUCUCCCCCCUUCUCCAUUCUCCGGCCAGACGCCCCCGUUUUUAUUAAUGCCCUCAUCAGGAAGUGGAGCCUAGAGUUUCUCUUUACUAACAAACAAAUUAGUCUUUGUAUUGGAGUGGCUCCACCCCUCCUCCCUCCCUCUCCGGCUGCUGGAGAAGCUGGAAGAAAAUUCUCAAUGAAACAAAGAAGACAUGCAGCUCGAUGGCUCACAAGUGGAGCCCAGGGGCAUUGGUGUUGAUUGGAGAAAGCAAAUACUAUUUUCUUGUGGAGUAAUCGUUUCCGUUCUAAAUUUGGAGGAGUGAAGCCCUCUGACAGAGGCAAAUAUAUUCCGUUUAUCCCUGUAAACAAUGCGACUUCUAUUUUUGGCAGAAAACUUUUAAUAAAGAAGCAUUCACACCAACGUUUUGAGAGCACACAUGAUUAAUCCAAUUGGCUAUCAGCUCUUCUAGAAACUCAUAUUCGGCCUUGAAACUGAUCAGACUGUGAUCAAAGGCUGUGAUUAAAAACAUGCCCAUGUGUCUCAUUGGACGCACACUGCAACAGCAUCUUAAGCCUCUUUAAGAACUUAACAGGUUUACCCAGGGAGCUCAUAUGUCAAAGCAUUUCCUGCCCUGACCUCCUUUUAGACAGAUCACAACAAUGUCCUUCCCGUUAGCUGCAGCGAUAGCCAGCUCUGUGACAAAGAAUAACAUUUUUAUUGUUACCAAUCUUGUGUUUGUUUGUUUUUUUGGUUUUUAAUGGACCAGCUUACCUUUAGAAACUGAAAUAAGGUGCCCAAAAAAAACAAAUAAAAUUGUGACUAAAUAAGGGUGAGUGGGUUAAGUAGUUAAAAUAGCCAUAGGAGUUGCUAUGGCUGUGAAAUUGCAUCUUAAGAGUUUUGUCGAACAGUCAGCUGGAUAAGAAGUAGGAGAUAAAUGUUCAUAACUGCUGAAAGUUGUGGAUAUUUGACAGCAUUGGAUUAAAUGGCUCAAACUAGUGAAUAAAUUCUGGAACAAGAAGCUUAGAAUUGUGUAAAAAUGUCUUAAAUAGAAACCAAAAAGCAGACAGGAGAAAUGACAUUUUGAACUUCUUCCAUGUGGCAUCCAAGUGGUACAAAAACCUGACUGAAAAGACCUGAAUCUCAACAAAUCUGUCCAGUGGACAGUUUAAUGAUUACCAAUUUUAUAACCGAGGAGAACAAAGUAUAUUUGAUAUCAGACAAAAACCACCGUACUACAACACCAUGUCCUGAUGAAUCUACAAACAGCCAUUAAUUCCCCAGUGUAGUAAUUGAUAAGCUCGAUUAGAGGAAAGUUUUAGUCAUCAAUGAUUGAUAGAGUCUUUGUUGUGUGUGUGUGUGUGUGUGCGUGUGUGGUUUCAAGUGUUGUUGUCCAGCACGGUGGAACUUGUUAUUCCAGCACUGGGGUUAUCUGAGGUGACACUCACAGCAUUAAAUGCAGCUUUUUUUUUCAGCUUUCCCAAUCACCUCUGUGUUAUAAAUGUCUCAAUGAUGUCUGCCCCGCAUAAUGAAAAGAAAAAAAUACUUUGUUAAGGUGAAGAAGUCCAAAUCUGAGACAUGAUGUUCCCGCACCGCACAGACUGUCUUUCAGAGCUUUGUACGAAUUGAUUGAAUUGAGUUGUAUGAACCACAUGUUGUCCACUAAGUACCUGCCUUACCAUCCCGACUAACCGGAUUAUAUGCUUCAAGAAGAUUAAUGUAAUUAAAAGAUUUUGGAAAAAGUAAUCUUCAUGCUAAUCUAUAUGUGGCUUUGUUGUGUUCACCAACAAACACAUGCUGUUAUAUGUAUUUGUUUGUGACCAGUGAGAGCUUGUUUACUCUUUCAUGACAUGCUUGCUCAUUCGGAGAUUUGGGAUGCGUCCUCAUUUUUUUCCUCUUUCUGUUUUUCAGUCUGUGGUCCAAGUAUCGACAUCCGGAAUGAUAUCAGCGAGUUCAAGCGGCUGGAAAACUGCACUGUUGUGGAAGGUUACCUGCAGAUCCUCCUCAUCAACGACAAGACCAACAACAUCCACCAGGAAGUCUUUCGCUCCCUCAGCUUCCCAAAGCUGACUGUCAUCACCGACUACCUGCUUCUGUUUCGUGUCUCGGGCUUGGACAGUCUCAGCGUGCUCUUUCCCAACCUGAGCGUCAUCCGUGGGCGCAAUCUCUUCUACAACUAUGCCCUGGUGAUCUACGAGAUGACCAGCCUGAAAGACAUCGGCUUGUAUAACCUGAGGAACAUCACCCGUGGAGCCAUGCGGAUUGAGAAGAACCCAGAGCUCUGCUACCUGGACUCGGUGGACUGGUCUCUUAUUAUGGAUGCUGGGAACAACAAUGUUAUUAGUGGGAAUAAGAAGGCGAAGGAGUGUGAUAAUGUGUGCCCCGGUAUGAUGGAGGAUAACCCCCUUUGUAAGAGGACGGCGUUUAAUGACAAGUUGGACUACCGCUGCUGGACAUCCACAAAGUGCCAGAAAGGUAAACUUCAUUUCAAACUCUCUUGUUUGGAAGGGGAUUUUUUCCUUAUUCGUCGUAAUAUCUGCUGUGUUUCUGUAAUUUUUGGUGAUCCAAAUACAGCGAAAGCAGAUUUGACUUUGAUCUAGGUAGGUGGUUUCCAGUCGCAUAAACAUACUGCAUUUUUUCACCAGCGAACAAAUCCCAUGAAUCUAUGCAGUGUUUUUCCUUCAUUUCCGUCAGACUGCAGGAUUGUCCAUGGGCCAGUGCAAACAUUUCCUCUCUGUUCAUUACUGAGACCUUGUCUUCAGAUCAGGCUAUUUGUGGAGUGAAGGAUGGCUGAAAUAUAGAGCACCAGGUAUUAGGAGGGCAUACUGAGUUGAGGUUAAAGUUGCUCUUCCAAGAAAUGAGCUAGUCUACCUGUCUGGACCAUGUCGGUUAAAUAUUUGCCUUAGGGCCUUUUUUUUUUUUCAAUUUAUUAAAGGGGUAUAUUGAAGAAUCUGGGGGGAAAGUCAUCCUUGUUUAACUUCACCUCCGUGGUAGGGUCAUAGAGUUUAGAGGCAGUUCAGAGGAGGGUCAUAUAAUUUUUAUAUAAAUUCCUCCUGUUUUUAAAGAAUCUGUUGUGGUGCAUUUAUCACCUGUGUUUCUAGAAUAUUUGCACAGCUUUUGAGACUGCUCGAGCAGCUUGUAGCAAAAUUUUAUAUCAUCCUAGGUCUUUUUUCCCCCCUCAGAUUUCAGGGUAAGGGACAGCUUGUGCUUUUUGAUUAAAAUCAAAGACUGCCAGAUCAACUGUCUUGUUCUUCUUCAAAGCUGCUUUUGAAGGCAUUUCAUGUUUUUGUACGACACUUCUGCAGCCCUUUAGGCUCUCGACAGAGAUGUUGUUUCUUUCUAACACAAGGAUGCAGCUAUUUAAUUUUUUCUUGCUGCUUUUUGCAGACAUAAAGCUUUAUUUGUGUCUCUUCUCCUAGUGUGCAGAGGGAAGGGUUGUAAAUAUUUUUUCACUGCUGCAGGCAAGGCCACAUACAUUGUCCUCCACAUACAAAAGGGCCAUUGAUAUUUUUCUAUCAAAAGUUCACAUUCCCUUGCAGGCAGCACUAUAAUCACAUAUUUUUCUAUCUCGAACAAUUCAGUAAAGUGUUUGCAAAAAGUUAAACUAACUCAGCAUAUCAUACAAUGAUAAUCAAGAUUCAAGGGUGCUGUAUAUCAAGGUUAUAUCAGUAACAGUGUUCCCUAUCUGUAUUAUCUCCUUUCAUUUGUUUAAUUUGUUUUGGCUGUUGAUGCACUAGUCCAUCUCUAAUGAACAAUAUAACUCAGGAGCAAAUCAAAGGUGCUCACGUGUUAACUUCUUGGUCAGACUCAAGCUUUAGACCUUAUUGCAGACCCUCUGUUCUGUCCUCUUCUCUGUGGGAAGUAAUGGUGGGAAAAUCUCCCUCCAGCGCUUUUUUCUUUUGAGUACCUGUGUACAGCUCUCAGGGUCAGCUGAGACUCUCAAACACUGCCCUUGUUCACCCUCAGGGACCCUCAGAACAAACAGUGGAAAUCAAGCUUGUGUAUUUUCCCUAGUGAUCAGGGCAGGGGUCUCAUUUAUAUAAACUGUUAGGGCUGGGAAAUAUGGCCUCAAAUCAAUAUCACGAUACAUUAAGCAGUUCACCUCGAUAACUGUAAAUGGACGAUAACUACUCCACAAGCUGCUCACCUACUCCCACAUUAACUUUGUCUACUUCAGUCGCUGCUCCAGCUGCUACAACUUUUGAACCGUCCUCCAUCUCCUCACCUGUCUUGCACUCUUUGUUAUGGACUAGAUGAGGUGGAGUCACGUCUCUGACAUUGGACUGCGUCUUAAAGGGACAUGAGACCAUAGCCUACAGGGCUCGACAGUGCGACCAUCUCACUCGCAUUUGCGACUAAAAAUAAAUGUGUGCGAAUUGUACAAUGUAUUUAAAGGCACAUGUGCGCAUAAAAUAAUUAGCCAAGGCAGCAAAUGUUUUUAAUGUAAAUACUGCAGUGAAGUUAGUUUUAGGUUGGAUAUCCGACAGCAAUUCACUGCAGAUCUACUGGUGUCUUCUCACUCUCCACAACCGGGAAUAACAACAGCAGCGUAGAUAAAUCUACCCAGCAUCCUGGCUGUCAAAGUCAGGUGUUGAUUAAGGGACCAUCAAUAAAUCACUGGUUGAUGUUCUCAGAAAAGGCUGUUUUCCUUCAAUAGCUUCCAUGUCAUGUGACCAAUUGACCAAAAAUUGAUUUCAAAUAAUAGUACUAAGGUCGGGCAAUAGACACACCACUUUAUUUCCCUAAUUUGUCCUCUAAAAUUUUUUGUGUUAAAUUUAAAGGCAAAUUUUGAACAUUUUCUUCAAUAGCUUCCAGCAGUGAUAGCUUCUAAAGUUCUUUGUAUGCUCCUUACUUUUUUCAACUUAGGGGCACAUGUGCUCCUUGUGAAAAAAAUUUGUGUCAAGCCCUGGCCUACCUACACACACCUAAAACCAACUUUUAUUUUAUUUAUUUGACAAUGAAUAUAUUGACAUGGGCAAAAUGACGUAGGUUAUUGUCGUAAAUUUCGCUAUCGGUAAAUUUUUGGUUUAUCGCCCAGCCCUAUUAAAGAUGCAUAGAAUCCAUAUUAAUACACCAAAAAUAAAAUGGUGUUGGUACACAUUGUCCCCGAUAAUAAUCACAAUCCACCUGGAGAAAUGUGCACAUGGUUCAUCCUCAUAUUCCACCCUCUACACGCCCACAUUCUUCCAUAUAUGGUCAACGCCAAGCACCUAAUGAAUAAAAAUGCGUACAAAUGAGCCAGAGGAUCAAAGGUUCAUCGAGUGAAUCACAGCAAUAACUGAAAAUGAAAUUUCUCACCAAGGCAUGGAGGUAAUCUGAAUGAAGUGGAGGUCAGAGAGCUCUCUGAUUUUUUUUCCUUUAAAGCAACAAUCGAUAGUUCAAUCAAUCAAAUCAAUCAGCAAAUGAAACCGUGUUGCUACAGCUCUCACGAAUCCUUCAGCAGUACCAGAGGAUACAUCAUUAAUCAUUACACACGAGGGUCACUGAAGUGUUUAUGUGCUAACAGGAUCCACACCGACAGCACCUUCACAUCAGUCACCAAUCUCUGUCUCUUUGAUAUGAUCCGACAGAGGUCUGAUCUGUGAAUAUUAGUUUUAAUGUGUUGGUUUAAUUAUGACCAGCUUGUUUAACUGCGUAUGAGGAUAUAAAGGAUAUAUAUUGCACUUUUCGCAUUAAGAGAAUUAAUAGGAACAGGUGAUGACGACGUGAAGGGAGCGUGUCAAGCAGCAGUCGCCGUGUCUCUGUGCGCUCACUGUGCACCACGCAGCAGUCAAAAUCAAACCCAGUGAUGCUGCGCAGUGUUGAGAGUUUAUUUAUAAAAUAGAUGCCACUGCGUUGAAAGGAGUUACUCUGGAUGUCAAUGCUCGACAAAAAAGUUAUAGGACACAGUCUGGUUUUCUCCUCUGCAUAUCAGAGGAAAAUGAGUGUGACAAAGUUGAUGAAAAUAUUUGGUGGACUUAAAGAUGUUUUUUUCUUCUCUUUAGGAUGGACUGAAAAGACUCACCAUAGUUGUGUUUAAAUAAGAGAUGCUGACUUUUGUAAUUGUGGUGACACUGAAUGGCAUUAAACAUGUGAAAAACAUAAGAAAUAUAUAAUCUCACUUCUGUUAGCCCUCUCACCACCUGUGCUACCAUUCUUCUGCAUCCUUCCUGUGCAUACGUAGGUUUUGAUAGAUGACAAACUUUGAACUUUCAGGCCUGGUUUUGUGUUUAUGCAGUGUUUAUAAAGAGACCCUAUGUCUGUCUCUAUAGGAAACCUCUGCUGUUUAUUGUUGUGUAUGUGUGUGUGGUAUCUGGAUGUUGCUCUUGAUUCCCUGAGUUGUAUACAGUUGGUUAUGUGAAUUUAGAAGUUUGUUUUACUUCUAUGGGAAUGUUCGUAUAAAGAAAAUAAAGCUUUUUUUCCACUGUGGGGGGAAAAAUGAGAAGUUUCUGAAGCAGUAAUCGCACACUGUGAAGUUAAAUCAGGUGUGUGAGGGGUGAUCAUUUUCCAAUCUUAAUCCAAAGGUAACAUUUUUCACCCUGUUUUUUUUUUUUGUUUUUUUUCCCCAUAAGGUUUGAUGUGGGUACCUCUCCUCGUCCUGCUUAACAUUCAUUUCUCCUCCCCCCUCCUCUCUGCAUAAUUGCCUUGUUUUUCUCCAGUACAGAUGUUCCUUCAAGGGCAUUCAGCGGUUUUCUAGUCAAUACGGCCUGGUCUCCUCUUUAAUUACACUACAUGAGGAGGGAGAGCUGUCUACCCUGCUCUCUACUUUAGCCUCUGGGCUUUGUAGUGCUCCAUGGAAAAACAACAAAAACUCCUCUUUACACAUUUUUGUCCACCUAGUAGAUACUGUUUCCCACAGCAGCCCGGGCCGGAUAGGAUGAGUCAAUGGGACUGUACACAAUUCUGGACCGAAUAAAGCAGGUUAAUGUUGUACUUUGAGUGAGUGGGAGUGACUGUGCAGGGUGGUGCAGAUUGGAGCAGAGGUUCUGGAUGCUUUUUAGUGGCAGGCAGCGAUGCGUAGAGAGGCCCUGACUGAGGAGCCGCACACAGGAGGAGGAGGGGCACUCAGGGGAAAUGUCAGACAAAUGUCAAGUAUACAAGCUUGACAGCAGGCUCGGAGGGUUGAAAAAUUCCCGUCACUCCCCUUGUUUUCCUCCCUCCUCCUCAUAAAUCCUCUCUCCCUUCCCUGCUCCUGUUCUACCCCCUCCUCCUCUUCCACACUGUUCGCAGUUUCUUCCCCGCUUGUUUUCUCCACUUGGCUUAGCCUCAGCCCGGAUCUCAUCUCUGAUUGUCCUUGUCAGCCGGUCUGCUGGUGUUUCCUCCUCUAUUUUCACCUCACUUUUUUUCUGCAGGGCUUAUCAGGCGCUGUUAACAGCUCCGGCUGUCAGAUAUCUCUGCUAUGUUUACUUGUCACAGACAUUCUCUCAUCACUGCGGUGGUCACAGCCAAGCGGCCUGUUUGGCCAAGUCCUUGGAUCCUUUGACACGGCAUGCUAUUUGCUUUGAGUUUUAGUGGGAAUCUAGUGACUUUAAAAGUGUCUGGCUUCCCUCAAAUAGUUGUCUUCAGGUCUGUGUGUUUGCUGCAGACAGGCCUCCCUCUUGCCCUUGGACCCGAGCCAAAGCCAGAUAGACAAGAGGCUUUUAAAAUGAGGCAGAUGAGCAGGAAAGCAUGCUGCUGUGUCCAUGCCUGCUCUCAGGGCAGGUUAGUCUUCAUAGCUCCACAGGGAGGCACACACACUCUCACACUUGCCCGUCCUCACAUAGCUCGCAUGUCUCUUUUAUGCGGUAGAAUAUUAGCUUACAGUAUGAUCAGCCAGGAUGGCACUCUCCUCUAGUUUCUCACCUCUUACCUCCUCAUGCUGCCUGACUAUAAAGAACAUCACGUCCUCAAUGUUGUAUUUACACUCAGACAGAGAGAUGUCAAAAGUCUAGUCUCUCAUACCAAACUGCCAAUGCUUAAUCGGCUGUAAAAACUCCACUUUACAUAUUUCGAAGUGUCCUGGUGUCAGUUUGCAUGUUGGAGUUCUGGCCACAGUGAUGUCAGAUAAAAUGUGUGGUAAGGGGACCUGCUGUCCUUUUUCUGCAGCAGACAGUCUGUGCUCUCGGUGUCCUUGUUUUGAACCCUGAAAAGAAUGAAACAUUUUAACGCUUCUGGCAGUUGAAAGAGCUCUCCAUUGGUCCGGGAGACUUUAGCAUUUGAUAACAUGUUUACUCCAUCCUUGCCAGAAACCCACUUGAUAUCUGGGGCCUGAGUGCUCUGACCUGAGCCCACUUCACAGCGAGAGAAAACAGUUCCUUUCAGAGGAUGCUGUUCCUGUAGGGUUUGCAGGUUCAGACAGCCACAAGAAAACUGGUAACGCAAAUGUUUGCAGUGCUCUACUCAAUUUUUGUUUUAUGUUUGCUGUUUCUGCCGUAUAUCUUUUGAUUGAGCUUGAAGGACAGGGCUCACAGUGCUGACAUUUUUUGUAACCUUAACAAACCUCAAAAACAGCAAAAUGCUUUUUUUUUAAAACUCUUUAACCUUCACAGUUUCUGGUGUUAAACUACAAGCUUAAAUAUGCCACUAUUUGGAGAAUUGUUCACAAAUAAGUUUUGAAAUUUAUAAGUUUUUCCCUUUUUUUUUAGAUCCAAUCCGAUACCAAUACCUGGGCUGAGUGUAUCGGCUGAUAUUCCAUAUCGAUCCAAUACUACUGUUGAAUGAAUGAACUGUAUACCUUGCCCUGUGAGUGAAGGCCUAAGACUCGACAUUAGCCUUGUUAAAAAAAAAAAGUAACAUUAACACAGAUAUAAAUGUACUAUUAUUGUAUAACAUAACAACUUGGACAUUAGCACACAGCAAAUAGAAGUAAGACUUCCAUGUAAACAUUUAGUGCAAAAGGAAAGACAGACAUAAAUUAUAGAGCAAACAGAAAUUCUGUUUGCUCUAUAUUCUAUUUCUGUCUUAUUUCUGUAUGUUGCCUGUAAAAGAAAGUGAGUCAGUUGAAUUUACAAAAUACAUGCACGUCAUGGCGCAUGGUCAGGAUGGUGUCACCUCUGCCUCAAUUUGAGCCAGGAAAAACCCUGAGAAUCGCUGUGUUGCUGUGUAUGAUAUUAAUUCAAAGAAACAAAAGACUGGAUUGGUGUCAUUCAUCAUAUAUCUGAUUCAGUUAAUUUGUCGAUAUCAGAGCCUAUACCUAAAUCUAAAUCUCAGAUCCGUGCGUCCCUUUUUUCCUUUUUUAAUGAGCAGUGUUGCAAUUUCAACCCAGAAGUGAGGCCACCAGAGACUAUUUUCACCUGCACAUUUGGUCGAUUUACUGCAUAUCUAUGUUAUCUAAAGAAAAUUCUGUGCAGCAUUUUGGAUCAGGGACGAGUAGAAAACUGGCUUUGGCAUUUCAGCAGAAUAAAGAAAGCAUUUUUUUUUGUUAAGUCAAAGAAAGCUACUGUGCAGAAAAGACGGUGUGUGAAUACGUCCACUAAAAGCUGUAGUCACUGCCGCUUUUCAGAGUAAAGCAUGUCAAGUAUGUAAGGUUUGGUGGAAUGAGUCUGCCCCUUUAAGUGUAUAAGGUAGAAAUUCCUACUGGCUUAGUCAUUGCAGUUGUGAGGGGAUAAAGAGGGGGUAAAGAGGGGGGGAAACACACAGCACAGCCUGUAUGUGCAGGGUCAUACAGAGACUAUUUGUUGGCUCAGAGAAGGAUCUAAAAUGAAGGUUGAGAUGAUAUACAAGUAGAUGCGGUUUGAGUGUGUUUGGUGUUGGUGUGGUUUUUUCUGUUUAACCAACAUCUAACAUCAGAUUCGAGGAAGCUUUUAAAUAUUUAAUGGCUCUUCUGAAGCUUAUCAAAGUCCUGUGGUUUUAGGGAGAGGAAGCAGGAAAGGGCUCAGAUUCCACUUCUUGAUAGUCCGGUGCUUUCCUGGGGGCACGCUGAGCUCCGUGACUCAGUGCCCAUGCAUCCGAUGUUUCCACCUGGCAUAAGCUGCUCGCCUGCGCUCUGCUCCAUUUUGUACAAAGUUUGGGCAGCGUGCCAGCAUUAGAGGAUGGCACUGUGGUCGAUCAGACUCAUUCAUUCCUCCUUCCCACGACCAGCUGAUUAAAAUGGAAUAACCAGAUCCAUCCUGGUCUCCACUACUGCGCUUAGAUUGUUGUCUGUUCUCUGGGAGUGAAGAAAGUCGAAGUAAAAAUCAGAAAGGGCGGUCUUUAUGGCAACUUUUCUGUCUUUUUUUUGUUCCUUAGUCUUUGAAGACUUUUUAAACUGAUCCAAGAGCAUAAAUAGUUUGUAAAUAGCUUUCUGUAAAUGUGUGUCAGUCAUCUGUUUGUUUGUUUUUAAUAGAUUUCGUUAAUAGAUUAAUUUCGUUGGCUAUCUAUCCUGCCUUUCAGAUUAUUUUUAGUCAAGUCUGAUUCUUUUUUCUUUCUUUUUUUUUUUAAACAAUUUUACAACAACAAACAUAUAAACAUCAAUAAUGUCUCAUUUUUGAACAGUGAAACACCCCACCUCCACCCUAAAGCUAUAACAGCCCUUUUCCCAAUGUACUCCACUCAGUUAAGAAAAACAAACAAACACACAAAAAAACUAAAUUUAAAAUAAAAUAUGUACAAAUAUGCGCACAAUCAUACAUAUGUUCCCAUAUAGAUAUACAUAAAUAUAUACAUACAUACUUGUGUAAAUACAUACAUAAUAAGAAGAGGGAGAAAAAAGAAGAAAUUAAAGUUUAGAGGAAAUAAAAGAUUCUGCCGUUCAGAUUUAAGCGCGUUAGUUUAUAUGAAGCAAGUUUGAGAAAAGAAACUAAGAAAUCGAUUGCAAGUGUACAACUAGUCAUAGUUUUGUGAAAAAAAAGAGGCUGCAAUACUAACUUUUUUACAUGUUGAUACUGAUUAUGUUCUGAUAAUAAAGUAGUAAUACCUUAGCAGUCACUGUUGGGGCAUUCAGCCCGAACUGAGCUCUUCUGAAGUGAGUACUGAAAAACCUGAGCUCUCUUGAGCAAAAGGAGAAAAACUCUAUUUGGUCACAAAUAGUUUUUCUGCUCAAUUGGUUUUAUUAGUUGCCUUUGGACUUGUAGGAGGCCUGGAGCAUGAGUGGCCACUAUGAUUGACCAGAAAGGAAUUCCUUCAGCCUCACGCUUUAAUUUGUUUUGAGUUCCUCCCAAACGCAAAAUUGUAACAUCUAAUAUUUCCUUCACUGCUUGAACAGAGCUUUGGUGAGAGUGAGGAAAAGCCACAGACACGUGUGGACAGCUUUUGCAGACUUUAAACGUCUACAACGGCGUCUUUCUGGACGUAAUUGCUGUUUAAUUGUGAGUAAGCAGAGUUCAUCCGUGAUGACAUGGUUGCACAGUGUGUUAUAGUUCAUGUAUGAACAGCAGGGCUUAUUGUGCGUCGAUGGCUGCUGCUGCUGGAGUUUGUCUGACUCCUGUCCUCUGUGGCCCACAAAGGACUCUUCUCAAAGCGCUGACAGUGGCCUCUUUUCCACUCAUAGACUUGAUUGACCAAAACAGGACCUGUGUGUCACGCUGCUGACCUCCAAAGGGACUUGCGCACACAUGUAAACAUAUCAAAACACGCUAAUGCACAAACACACGUUCACGCUGUCGCUUCCCGCUCUUUCGUGUCAUCCAUCUUCAUUUGCAAAUUUUCCCUCAUGGCUCCUCUUGCUGUGUUUGCCUGUUUGUGAGUAGUUGUAUGUGCUCGUGUAAGUAUCAGCGGUUUGUUUUCAGCCGUCUUGGUGCUUAUUUGAGUCGCCCAGCUCCUCUGCUGAUAGGCUGCUGCCUGCUGCCUUCUGGCUGUGCAGCUCGGAAGCUGUGACUCAUCUUUUGCUCUCACCACUCAUUCAUAAAUCUGCGUGAAUACUACAACUUCCUCUCGUAGAGCCGUGGGGCCCCCUCAGCUCUGUGGUAGGUUCCCCCUCCAUCCUGCUCUAAAUGGCAGGAAGGGAUGAGGGGCUGUCUCCGCCUUUUAGUGACGCCUCUCAGUGAGGUGAGAGAGAUGAGUGCCCGAGCCUGCUGCCUGUGCUUGCCCUUGGCGCCUGAGCCGUGCCUCUGUCUGUCUCCCUGCCUGCCUGCUUGACUUCCACGGCUCUAUCCCUCUGUAUACCCAGGCCAGACCAGUCAUUUACUCACUGGCUUGCUUGGCAGCUGGCUUGGCAGUGCUUCCUGGGAGAUAAUGUGCCAUGCCUUUGAGUAAGCUCUGAGAGCACGGGUUAAUGCCACAGCAGGAAAAAAAAAAAAAAAGUCUCCUGCUGACAAAUCCCUCCUGCAGAGGUGAGGAUGGACGCUAGCGCACGGCAAGAGGGAGGAGGUGUCCCCUGCUUUGCCAGAAUAGUCCAUCAAGUUCACUGAGGUCUCUGAAACACAGUCCCUCUCUUCUCCUGUUGUGCUGAAUGUGUGUGGUACAGACACAAAGGGUUUAAUUGAGGGAUCUGAUCUGCUCCUUUUAUACUCUACCUUUUCCUCCACACAUGGCUGAAAUGUGUGCGUGUCUCUUUGAAACUGGAUCCCCUCCCCGAGGGCAUGUCCGUGUGUGUCUUCCUGGGAUCUGUCUCGUGUAAAGCUUACAAAACAAGCUGCUUUCGUUAACAGAGAUACAUCUCGUAUUCAAUUAUAGGCAUGUUAUUUUACAAUAAUAACCAAAGAACGGUUAUUGUAUCCUGCAGCUUAGCUAAGGAUGAGUCACUCCGUGGAUCUAAAGGGUGUGUGGUGUGUGUGUUUUGUGCUCCAUCUAUAAAAGAGAUAUCAAGCAGGCCUCAGCGUGCCGGUUGUGUUUUGCAGCCUGUUUUUCUCAGGAGGAGGAGAUGAAAGAACAUCAUGAAAUUACAGAAAGGAAAUCUCAUGAAUUACACAGCUAAAUAAAAUGCCUUUGACAACCACGCACUUUCCUUCAAAGCCUUUCUUCACCGUAAACCAGCGUGAGGAUUGACGUAAAUAAAAGCUUCAUCCGAAGUUUCGAUCAUGUCAUCUCUUUACAAAUCUUUCUCCGUAUAGCUUUCAGUGUCAACGACUCAUAAAGUACCCCGGCUCGUCCGAUGUCAUUAGUCUGCCUUCUGUCAAUGCCUGAGGAAUGGCCUUGACCCUCUCCGGUGCUUCCUCUUCCUCCUCUCUCUCCGCGGCUUGUUUGGGUGGGAUCUCCAGGGGCUGAUGCAGUUGUCAGCACACAGCCUAAUGGGCACAGGUGGCUGGGGCUCCUCUGCCUUCUCCAGCCUCUCUUGGCAAUGCACUAUUUGGCAUACCGGCAGCUCCUUGGCCGGCCGCCUCAGUGGGCCACUCCAACACAGCAAUCACCAGUUGGUGCUUUGUCAGCAUCAGGGUGGCCUAGGAUGAAAUAUGGCUCUCAACUUCGAAAACACGGCGAGAAAUACGGCGGUGUGUGACGUCCUGAUGGGCUGCGAUGACAGAAUCGUGUGAAUUUCUUCUUCCUCUUCUUGUGGAUGCUGAUGCGACUCUUUUCACAGCUACUCUCACAGUGAUGACAUGUUGCUGGGUCAUCCCCUGUUUCUUCAAUGACUCUCCACUGUAGAGCACGGUGUGGCCGAGCAGGAAGGGUACAGCUGUACCGCAGCAUGCAGCAGCAGCAGUCAGACAGAGGCUUGUUACUGUGUCAGAUAAAUAUAGAGGUCUCUGGAGCUCUCUGCUGCAGCUCUAUCUCCGCCUGCUGCUGGGAGGGAGGGAAAGGCCGCAUCACCUGGGAGCUGCCACUAUCCUCAUUCAUCCUCUCUAAAUUGGCUUGAGGCUCACAGGACGUUAAAGAUUAUUGUGACUGCAUGGUGGCAGACUGGGUACAGUAAAGCUACAGGGCAGUUUUUGUCUCCGUUUUCUUGUAACCCUGUAUGACAUCCCAGUGCUGACUCAUAUUGAGGUGAUCUGUCACUUAAAAUGGAGCUGUGUAAUGUGCUUUUAAAUUGGCAUUGGCAUGAUAUUUAUGAUUAUUUAACGUGUAUUAAAAAUGUCAUUCAUGCUGCCGUGAGCUGCUCAAAUUAGAGAUGCACUGAUCCAUUUUUUUCUUAUCCAUUCUGAUACCGAUACCUGGACAGAGCGUAUCGGCCGAUAUACCUUGCCCUGUGAGUGAAGGCAUCAGGCUUGACAUCAGCCUUGUUAAAAAAAAGACAUAAAUUAACAUGGAUAUAAAUGUACUUAAUGUUAUUGAUUAACAAAUAACAAAUUGCACAUCAGCACACAGCAAAAAGAAGUACCGUAUUUUUCGCACUAUAAGGCGCACUUAAAUUCCUUUUGGCUUAUCGGAGCACCGCAGCUACCGUAGCCUUGUGGAGUUACUGAAUGAGUUAAAUAAAGUUUGACUUAUUCGACUCUUUUGUUUGGCUUAAUGCGCUUUAUAAUCCAGUGUGCUGUAUGAAAAUAGACGCGAAUAGAUGAUUGUUGGUGUGCCUUAUAAUCAGGUGCGCCUUAUAGUGCGAAAAAUACGGUAAGACUUAAAUGUUCUAAAAGAAAAGUUAAUUGAUCGGAACGCUGGAUCUGCGUCAUUGAUCCGAUAUCUGAUUCAGUUAAUUUGUGGAUAUCGGAGCCGAUAUCCAUUCCAAAUAUUGGAUUGGUGUAUUUCUACUUCAAAUGUAUAACUCCAUUUACUUCUGUUUUAGUGAUGCAGAGGCAAAAACGUCACAGAGGAGUAUGUCAAAGCCUGAAACAGCAGUUUAUUAUUAUCUUUUGAUUUUUUAGUUAAAAAAAGCAAGACUAGAUUUUUUUUGUUAGAUGUUACUGUCUUGGCAGAGACAGGACGAGAUGUGCUGAGUGAAAAGAUGUACAUCUUUGCCCAAAACCAACACAAACCCCAAAUCCCCAAGUUAUGAAGUUAGGUUUUUAAACCGGCAGCUUCAUUAUUUCGAUAAUCCAUCCAUUUGUUCUGCCUUUGGAGUUCCCCGUAUCAUGGUGAUGUCGCAUUUUUCCACCAUAAUGAUUAUUGUUUAUACCUGUUGAGGCCUGCUUUGAAACAGUCUGUGACCUUCUACUUUUUAAUGCUGAGCUCCUCCGCCUUCUCGAAGAACUCAUUGACCCCUGCUGUGUGUGUCUGCAUGUGCACAAUUGAUAGUGUGUGCAUCCUCAGCCAGGCUCCUCAGGUCUGCUGCUGAUAGAGCAGAACAUGCUGGACUGGGGCGGAGGUGGAGUUGCAUUAGCGCUCUUUUCAUCUCCUCUGUCCUCUCCCGUCUGAUGAUGAGAGCGCAGUUGUUGAUAAGCAUCCAGCAGGUCUUUGAAGUCCCAGUCUGGACUCGUUCCUCUCCCGCUCUGUCCUACGCUAUCCCUGAAUCCUACCCCACCCCACCGAGCCUCCCCCCCGACCAGUCAUCCACCGCCCGCACCCAUUAGUGCAUCAAUUACAGAGACGAGGCUUGAGGGACGUGUCUGCACUCGAGUUAGCUUUUUUUCUCUUUCUCUUUCUGUUGCUGUCUGAUAAACAUGACAGACACUAGCCCACAGCCUGCAUGUAAACACAGCCCAGUCCCAUUCAUAUUUUAUUACUCACACUCAUUUACUCAGCGUAGCCUGUCCCAGCAGGGCCCACGCUACGGUACGGUUGUUAGCUUGCUGUAGCUUUUGUUCUGUUACACCUCUCUGUUUGACUAGAAUAUGGUUUGAGAUAUGGUUUGAAUAUAACAGAAUCCUUAAUCAUCUCAGUAUGUUCAGUUUAGAAAUAAAGGUAAUCAAUAAAUAUUUAAAAGGAAACAAAGGUAAAAAAAACAAAAAGUCAUGUUGUGUAUUUGCUCUGUUGUGGUCUGUCUCAACCCUUCCCUGCAGCAGAAAGACUCUGUUCCGUCCUAUAUGCAGUGUUGUUAGCAAUUUUCCAGACCAGACAUGUACUUGCUUGUAAAAAAGCUUGUUUUUGCAUUCCACCUACCUCUCUGCAUAAUAUAUGGUAUUAUAUUCCAGCCCCUUUUCUUUCCUCUGCCUGUGCGUGGGGUAAUGACACCGAUGCUUUUGUUUAGGAAAACCCCUGGAAAGUUUUACUGAUUGGACAUUUUAAGGUUGUUUUCUGAAACUUGUAUGAUUUACCUGCUAUUGACCCUAAUAACUGCAGUAUGAAUAUACCUCAAAUGGUCAGUUUUGGAUGGAAAAACAGAAAAAAAGUGCAAAGUCUAUUGAUUUUUUUUUAAAUAAAAAGCUGGAACAUCCAGUGAAGUGUAUUUCAGUAUUUUUUAAUCACCACUGAAACUCCUCUCUCAUUCCCUUCUCCGCUGAUUUUGUAUUUACUGUACACAUUGCACUAUUUUUACUUCUUUUGUCCCCGCUCUAUGCAGCAAUAAGACAUCCUGUUUAAUGAUUAUACAAUAGUGGAAUUUAAAUCUGAAAGGUUGUUUUUGAAACGCUUUUACUCCAGAUUGGCUUUUAACAUUUGUUUUGUUUAUAAAACUUCAUCCAAAUCUGCUUGUAGGUCAUAACUCAGUUUCAGCGCUCGAACACAAAAGGCCAGUUUCUUACAAAGGUCUGUGAAUAACUCCAUAAACUCAGCAUAUGUGUUUACGUUGAUCCACAUUAAAAACUCAACUCCAGAUGUGUGUCAUCCUGAAAAUUGCUGCGGGGGGAUUGGGGGAGUAUGUAAGAAGAGUUGCGUGUCACCGCCUCUUCGCAUGUGUACAGCAUGUUCUCUGUGCGGUUCAUGUAUGUGUCUGCGUGCUGGUAGCGUGCUCAUACACAAAGUAGCUUUUGUUGAAGGAUGUGAAAUGUGGAGGAUUCAUCCAUCUAAACGGCAUCUACAGUUUCCUCGGGCCUUAGAUGUGCAUGUGCGUGUACAGUGUAAUUUCCUUUUGCUCCAUGGCACAUUUGAAAUAAUAGGCUAAUUUUGUUUACAUCAGAGUUUUUAGGGAAAGUGGGAUUGACCUGCCAGCAAGCGAGUUGAGACCGUCUAUGCUGUGCUGUACAAAUCGACAAUUGAAACAAAUAUUUAUCACUAUGCUAAACAUGACACAAAACCCCACAUCCCCAUGUGAGGAAUCCUUGGCGUACUGUCAUGUAACUGGAUCAACUCUCUACUACUACUCUGCCAUAACACUAUAAAUGUUCACUUCCAGAUGUCAUAAAUUCGAGGUAGCCGAUAUCUUUGAGAAAGAAGGUGGUAAAAAUAGAAUCAGACUACAGCUGACAUAAUCUUCAAGUGAAAUGCAUGCCUAACUCACAUUAAAAUGCUGCAGCCAAAUGUGAUGUUACACCACAGUUUUACACAGAUGUUGAUAGAUUUGACGUCAUGUGCACACUGUAGCGACUCGAGCCAAAUGUCCAUUUUUGGUCCGAAUUAGAAGAAAGACUUUUAUUAACUUUAAAUCUUCAAUUUCACAGAGUAAACUCACUCGAGUCAUCAGCACAAUAAGAGCAUGGUCUGCUUUGCUCAUUUACAAGUUAGACCCAGCAGAUUAGGGCUGGGCCAUAUGGCCUUAAAACAAUAUCACGAUAUAUUGAGCAGUUCACCUCGAUAACGAUAAAUGGAUGAUAACUACUCCGCAAGCUGAUCACCCCCUCCCAUAUUAACUUUGUCUACUUCAGCUGCCCCAACUUUUGGACCGUCCUCCAUCUCCUCACCUGUUUUUCCCUCUCUGUUAUGGACUGGAUGGGAUGGAGUAACCUCUGUGACGUUGGACAGCGUCUUUAAGGGAUAGCCUACCUACACACAUCCAAAAACAACUUUCAUUUAUUUAAAUUUUUUGGCACUGAAUAUAUUGUCAUGGGCAAAAUGAUGUUAGUUAUUGUAAAUUUCGGUAUCUGUAAAUUUUUUAGUUUAUCGCCCAGCCCUACAGCAGGUUGGUGACCCUCCUAAUGUCAGCUGUGAGGACACUAAUGAAAAACACCGUUUGACUGCAACAAUCCACCCAAACGGCUCUCAUUUGGAGCAUUCUGCCUGGUUUAUUCAAUCAGCUGACCCAAGACUGGCUGUAGCGUGUGUUCCUGUCGUGCUGUGAGUUUGUGUGAGUGUGUGCAUGAGGGACUUAGUUGGGAGGGAAGCAUGAGACUGACUUCAUUUUACCACUGAGGUGUGGAAAGGUCUGUGAAUUGCAGUAUUAGCACUGAAGAACCCAUAACUUAUCUCAGAGUGCUGUGAUGAUAGUGGAGGGUUCAAUGGGAACACUUCUUUGGAUCAUUAUGGAUUAUGAGAGAAAAUUUGAACUCUGGGAGGCAAAUGAAUUUGAUGUCAGCACCAGAGGUCUUCUACAAGUCCCUGGUUUAUGAGUCUGCGGACAGGUCACACGGUGGAAUGAAUAGCGUACAGAAGGAGAGUUAGAAAUACUGGACUCUGGCCUACUCUGCGCAGUCGUGGUAUUAUUAGCAUUCUGUGCUUCUGGAGGCCUCCUGGUCAUAAAAACAACCCCUGGAGCCCCCCUUGGCCUGGCGAGGAGCUGAGGUGCAACACAGAAUCACAAACCUGGAAUGCUCUUGAAGUUUUGACACCUCGUGGUGCGCUGGCUUGUGUUUUAAUUAGGUGAAAGUUUGAAGUGGCUUGCGUAAUUACACAAGCAUGAUGGCCUAAGUAAAUAAAAUAUUUCAUACCACCAGAGGUGCUUUUGAGGCUGUGACCAUUUUUGGUGAACUGCCUCUGCUGCUCUUUGAGUUGAAGUAUUGAUAACAUUUUAGAAGUCUUUGAAAUUUUGUUUUAUGGAGGAUCCUCUCUGCAAAUCUGCAGCAAAACAAUUUUAUUUCAGUUCAAGCCACAUUACACUGGAAUGUAUGUCAAUAUUCAACAGGAAGGGGUCUGUCUUUUAGCAUUUAAGCACAUGAUCUGCCCAUGCUAGCUGGUGCUGCCAUGGUAACAGACACCUCUGCACUCAGCGCACCACUUUGUGCCUGCGGGUGUCAGAAAAUGCUGCAUACAAGCAUACAUUUCAACUCUUGGCUCAGGGGCAAUGGGGAGAAGCGGCCUCUUGGGGGGCAGUAAAGAAAGGCACCGCUGCGGCCUCUUUUUAAGUGCAAUGACGGAGACACAGCUCCUGAUUUAUGGAGUGAGCAUGAGCUGGGCGGGUCGUGUUCUGCGAGAGAGGCCAGCUACUGGAGGAAGAGAGGGAGAGGGUAAGAGUCAAGAGUGAAAGAGAGCCGAGGCUUAUAGAGAAAGGCAGAGGGGCACACAUCUGUCUCUGACAGAGGUCACAUCAACUCUGACAUCUGUAUAAGACAACGUUGAAGAUCAAACAAAUCUGUCACAAAUGGUCCAAAGAAAACCAUCAUAGGUUUGGUUUCCGACCAGACUGAAUGGUGAAGCUUCCCAUCACAACAAAGACCAGAAAACAGCCAAAUUAGUUGUUUAUGUAUAAGUUUGUGUUUGACUGUCUGAGUUGGGGAGUCGGGCUGUUGUGUGAGGGUGACACCAAUGAAAAACACUUCUGCCUCUGUCGUGUGUCUGUAAUUGCAACAGAGGCAUUAUGCUGGGAAGUGAGUUUGUCUGUGACAUUAUUUCUUUUUGCUCUCUUUCAUUCUCUCUGUCAACUCUCUGACACACCCAUUCCAGGAAUCUCUGGUGGACUGACUGACUUCAGCUUUCCCAUGUGUAAACUCUUACCCUCCGAAUGGCCCAAAUUAGGGUUAUCAUUCUGCCGAUUGAUUCAAGACAUUGGCCACAAGCCACAGUGGGGAUGGUGUGGCAUUUCUUGACUCCAUGAGGGAUGUCUUGCAUGUGUGUCUUUGUGGUGGAGUGGGUAGUGUGUGUGUGUGUGUGUGUGUGUGUGUGUGUGUGUUAGGGGGGUGGAGUAUGAGGUGGGGGAAGUCAGAACUAAAGAAACAACGGGGACUGCUCUUUGGUCUGUCGCCUGUUCCCUGCCUUCUUGGCAGUAAACUUGAUCAGCGAAGAAAAAUACACACUGCCUCUACAAUGCAGGCCUUUGUCUUUUGUCGGCAUCAGAACCGACAACCAUUUUGGAAAUAGUUUCCAGCCUAUUAAAACGCUUCCAGACCGUGACUGUUGAACCAUUGAGUUUUCCAGUUAAUUGCUUGGCAUCCUUCCCCAUCUUAGGUUCAUCGUGGGCAUCCUCGGAGAGAGAAAAAAAGACUUUCUGAUUGGAAUUACAAAGCAGAGGCUGGUAUCGUAAUCUCUUCACGUGAAGGGGGGCCUCUCUGAUCUCAGUCAAGAGGAACACAUGCUUUAUUCCUCCUAGUUUCUCUACUCAUCAGUUUUAAGCCAUCCUUAGUGCUCCAUCUCCUCACUCCUGUGAUCAUAAUGAACUGUCAAGAUCAUAAGGUAGUUCAAGUGUGCCCUCAGACCCUUAUUGGCGCCCAGAGUCAUUGUUCUAACUGAGCCGUGCGAUUUAGCAGAAAUGAAUUGGCCUUUUUGUGCCAGUGGCCUCUUUCAAAUGGCUAUUUAUGUUCUGUUAGUUGAGUUUGAACUCUUUAUCGAAGUCUGUUAAAUCACAGACUCCAUUAGGCAGUUCUUGAGUCUAACCACUCGCUGGUGUCUGAAUUUGGAUACUCGAAUAAGGAGACUAUUGCUCCUUAUGUUUUAUAAACUGACACUUGGAUUUGGACAACCUGGAGGGAAGGUUUUGUGAUGUAAAGUUUGUUUAAUGUGAUUAUUGGUUAUCAUUGCUGGAGUUACUUCUAAAUUGAUCCCACAGAGGUAGUAGGUGCGUUGCCCCUGUGAUGUUGAAUCCACAGUCAGUACGUUUACAUGACACAUGAGAAAAUCAAAUUAUCGACUGACUUAAGUCGGGACAACUGAAGUGCAUGUAAACACCUUAGUCUGACUAUAAUCUGAGUUUGAGAACUGUGAUUGGAGUCAGAGAACUCAGACUAAGACACCCAUAUAAUGCUAUUGGAAUUGGAUUUUCUCCACCAUGGAAACAGCGUAGUCAGAGUAUGAUUGGACAAUGCGUGAGCCACGCCCCCAUAACCCUGGAACAAAAACGCCAGAGAAGAGGAGUGGCGCACCUCAUCUGCAGAAAAAGUAGCGUGUUUAUCGUGUACAACAAAGAGAACUCUGUACGAUGCUCCAUCUUCUUGCUCGAAAAUGCCCAGCAGCAGUUGUGGCCACUUCUGAUGUCUGGCAAGGACUGGAAAAGUGAAGCUGAAAAGGCCCGUAUCGCCCCCUAGUUUUGGGGAGGAGAAAACGUUUGUGUCAAUGAUUCAAUUUUCUAAGCUGCAUGUAUACGCGGACAAGGAGAGAAGUCUGAUUUGGCAAAAAAAAAACGAUUGAGCUGUGCAUGUAAACGCACCAUGUUUCAUUUCUUAUCAGGGCAGUUUUUAUUGUGAACCACUCCUCUCUCUCGUCCCCCCUGCUGUGAUGUAUGUCCACCAGUUGAAAUACUUAAUAUGUUGAUUGUGUUUCCACGCAAUACCCAGACAAAGAAUUAACAGGAGAAUGUGAAUGUUGUUAUCCUUUUCCUGAUUUCACUCGGUUGAGAAAUUUUCACAGCCUUGUCUGGUCACUUGUGGUUGCGAUUUGGUGUUUUCCAUGCUGCAACAUUUCUACCUCUCUCAGUGAGGGUUACUUAAGUUCAGUCUUGUGGCCGAUCUCCCUGCUGGCAUUCUUAUUACAUACUAAAAAUGCCUCUGUCUAUGAGCGAGAUAAGGAGGAAGGAUAUGACCACGGUAAGGAACAGUGGACGCCAAAGAGGGCAGUGAAUGCACAAAUUCUGUUAAACAAGACAAUUGGCCCUGAGUCGGGCGAACUGCGUCUUACAUAUUGUCACAGUGUUGGUAUUAUUUCCUUGGUGAUGUCAUGUCUGCCUCAUGAAAUUGUCUGUUGUUCAUAGUGGCCGGUAUACGCCUAAGUUACAGACAGUGCUUUGCUUUAAAUGCUUUUGUAGGGCACAGCAUGUGGGGGGGGGUUGUUCCUUUCACUGUCUGACCCCCCUCUGGGGGAGCUGGAAGAAUGCCCAUUGUUUCCUCAUUGCCCGCUUUGUCUGAUAAACUCUAGACUAAUUCAGUGGCUUCAACGCUUCAUCACCACAAACCUCUCUCCCCAUUUUCUCACCCAGUUCCCAUCCUGCUCUCUGUCUUCUUCUGAUCUUAACCCCCCUGACAGCUGCUGUGCUGGAAGAUCUCACCCUGUGGGUGCUGUUGGCCUGCUCACCCAGGUUAAAAUGCCUCGGUCUGGACAGGGAUUACAUAAAGACUACUGUCUUUGCUGUUAGUACAGUUCAUCCCCACUGUUCCAAAAGGAUAACCCUGGUGCAUUAUGUAAUGUCACAGACAGAAAGAGGACGUAACCUCUGUCCUCUGAAAACUUUACUUCUCAAUCCUCUACCUCUCAGCAUUUUCAGGGUGGCAGCUCAGCUUCUCUGUAAGCCCCGUUCACUAGAUCAGUACGGCGAAACAAUGUAGGCCAGCACACUGGGUGACUCAUUACUUUUCCUUGGGCCAUUUCUCUCUAGUAUACCGUCAAGGGGAAAAUAUGGAUAAAUCCUCAAAGGCUAUCAUGUUGAGUUUUUCUUAAAGACACCAGAGCUUUGUCAGGGUUUGUAAAAGUGGAGGUUUGGCAUUCAGCGUGCAUCUAAGUCCACAGUCAUACAUUUAAUGGAGUCCUCAUUUUGGAGACCUGUUUCUUAGUAUUCCUCAGCAUGCAUUUGUGAGGUUACUUAGGAGCAAUCUGGAGGGAAACGGCUUCAAUAAAGAAUGCAUGAUGGCAAGUGAUCCGCAGAAACGUCACUCGCACUCAGCUCAGCUCCUCCAGAAUGCAGUGUUUAGCCUUUAAGACCCCAACAAAUCAGGGUAUUUUUAGAAAAUUCCACUCUGUCUUAUUCUUCUUAGCUGUGAUUAGCUGCUGUCGACACAUCUAUUAUUUUUCUCUGCUUAAGGGGCAUUAUGGAGCUGUAUCGUCAAAGGUCAGGUUAGGUGGGCACAUUGGGCGUACUGUCAUUGCUGCGGUUUUCCAUCUUUGGAAAAUGUUGUCUUUUUGUCACAGUCACCACUGGUGUCGUAUUUCUAAGUCUGGGGUGUAAAUUUGAUCAGUGAAAUGUGUGUGGGCUUGGUUAAGAGCUACAUGGAGUGUUGAUGGUUUCACUAUGUUGUCGUGCAGUAGGAACGGGUUGACGUUGUUGCUCUUGGCUUGGUCGCCGGCAUUCUUCCCCAACACCAGAGACAUACGAUCAUGCUCUGUGGAUGUCAUGCCACCAUGGUGUACUGCGAGAUUACUUACUGUCUCAUGUAGUCAGAGCAGAAACUUUCCAGUUACUUUCCUGGGUGUGUAUAAAAAAAAAAGAAUAAAAGUAGAUUCAUUUCUCUGGCUCAUGUCUGACACCCCGGGUUUGAGUGUCGCGUCUUUUUCAUUAGUGGAUUUGAUUAAUGGGCUGGAUGGGAUUCAGGUCUACUCGAAGGUCAGGUGCAAUUAAGUCAACGUUGAAUUCCACAAAUUUCUACAAAUGUUUGGACUGUGAAACCCUUUUGAAGUCUUUGCAGGGUUGAUGACAAGCUGUUCUGUUCUCCUUGUGAUCCGAGGAUAAGUGGGAUGGAUGCCUUGGAACCAUAUUCCUUGUUUAAAUCUGUAAUUGGAUUAGAGGUACCCUCUGGAGAAAGGUGCCAUAAUGAUACAAUACUGCUACACAACAACACAUGCAUGCAGGAGCUGCUAGGCCGGCGUAGCUCUCCCACACAGUCUGAAUGCGGUGCCUUUGGCGACAGAAAAUCCAAAGAUCUCCCAGAUGUGUGGGCAGAUUUCACAUCUCACGGCUGGACACCUGUGGCUGCUUUGACCCAGGUGUUCCUGCUGCGCUCCUGUGUUUUCAUUCGGUCUGAUCACCUUCCACUAUGGUGAAAAGGAUUUAUGAGAGAGAAAGUCUGAUCAGGGUGUCUCUCAGGGGGGAGAGCAGGAAACAAGCAGGUGUACUUCCUGCCUCCCCAGGCAGCUGCAGCAGUCUAGAAAAGCGGUCGAGUUGUGAUUGCUUAACUGGGUGCUCACCUCUGCAAAGAGGGAAAAGCCCGAGACCAGAGGCAGCCGUGUGUAUAUUCCUGACAAAGUGGGGUUAAGAGCCCGCUGCCAUGUUCCAUUAUGAGCUUCAUUUAGAGCAGGAGACAGUGGGAGCGCAGGGACGAAUCGCGCACAUCACGCUCACUCCAAACUUAGCACUUUUGCUUGUUUCUGUAAAUGGGCACAUCACGAGCACAAACACCUGCGCAGUUGAACAGAAUAACCCCGUCCGUCCGGCACACACUGUUCCCUCUUGUGAACAAGGCAGAUCCCUGAGCUAUCAGAGACAAUUAAUGUAGUCAUUCAUCUUGCAGCGCUAUCUGGUUAACAACAGAGGAAAUGUAGGCCGUGGGAGGUGGGGGAGAGCAGAGGGAAGCGAUAAAACACUGAAGAGGGUGGGCUCUGGUUGAACCUGCUCCAACCUCAAACGACAAGAGAGCAGAGGGAGAAGUUUGUGUGAAGAAACACACACACACACAAACACACACACACACACUCAGACACCUGCAGGAUACACCCAUGCAUUGUUUGCUGUUAGACCCUGUAUCUAUCUUAUGAUUUGGAGGACAAACUUGCACUUUACCAUGUGUGCCUCUCUCCUACCCUUUCAAAAUAAAAGCCCUGGUUGCUUUUAUACUAACUUUUGUUGUCUGUCAUUGUGAUUUGAAUUUGGCGGUUGGUGCAGCAGAUGGGAGGGGUGUAUGCGGUGCUCCCUCCUUCGUGUGUGUGUGUGUGUGUGUGUGUGUGUGUGUGUGUGUGUGCGGGUGAGUGUUCACGAGGCACGCUCUGGUCCGUCUUUAGGCAGACAGACAGCUGGUCAAACAGGCUUAACAGAGCAGUGGGCAGUCUGGACGAUGACUUAAGCCCAUUACAGCCUCUUUACUCGUCAUUGGUCAACAACCCAAGUUCAAAAACUAUUUUGAUGGCCGGGGCCGCCAUGUGGAGCUUCAUGCUCAUUUGUCUGUGCUCCUGAGUGUUUGUUUUAUGCUUGAAGGCCACACAUCCUCAGAGGGGGGAAUGAAAAAUGUCAUGUUGUGCCCUGUGCCCAGGCCUUUUUUUCAAGUUGGAGUGUGUGUUGUUGUGAUUGAGUGUGACGGGGUGCGCUGUUAGGGUAGGGGCCCCCCUUCACUCUGGCCCUCUGUAUGUGUGUGCUGAAGGUUUGUGUCGUGCGGCACGUAGGCUUGUGGAAUGCCGGACCGUUCUCUCGCUUCCCUCGUGGCGGGUGGCCUGGGCGGGUGGAGCCAGCAGAACGGGUACUAGGAGGGUGCAUCAAGCUGCGACAGAGACUCUAUGUGUGUGUGUGUGUGUGGGUGUGAUUUGAUUUAGCAAAGCACCUUAUUGUUGACCUUUGAGAUAUUCCUCUUAGCACUCUAAGUCCAGCUGAACAGACAUCUUAGCUUGGCAUCCGUGUUUCCACCAGCAUUAGCUAACAUAUCUCUUUGUUACCAGGAGCCGAAAACAACUUCUGCAUCACUCAUAGAAAAAUCUCAAAAAAUUGUGAAAACAAGUAACCUGUCGCUGAUGUCCCUCUCGCUGCAGAGAUGAUUUCCUUUAUUGCUGCCUCCUUUGCCAUCUGUAUCACUUCUCUUUUAAAUACAAGCCAGCAGCCUCUGGUCUACCAGACAGUGCUAUUUUAUUUGAACACUGGCCCUGCUGUGGCCACCAGGAAUGCCUCAGAGUUAUUUGAGAGCAGACACAUAAUUAUACCAUUACGCUGACAGUGAUGCUCGCUGUGAAAUACGGCUGUUUUAUUUUGCUUCUCUAAUCAACGCUGAUCUGACUUUCUGUCCCUCCCUUCCUCCUGUCCCCUCCUCUUCCUCCUCCCCCUCCUCCUCACAUUCAGGCGCCCGGUCAAAGCAUACAUGCGCUAACGUCACGCCGGCUGCCUGUGGGCUGACGUCGGUGUUCAUAUCAGAGGGGCGACGGGCCUCAGUUUGUCAGUGUGGCUGCCUGCUAGUGCCGUCCACAAUGGCUCCUGUUCAGACCUCAUGUCCCACAACCGCAAACAGCACUUGUGUGUGUGUGUGUGUGUGUGUGUCUGCGCUUGCAUCAACUAUCUCAUGCCAGACAUAUCUGAUGCAACAGCGGAUCAAGGGAUCAGUAUGUCAUUUCUGAGAAUACUCUGUCCGCACUGUAUCCAUUCAGAGGGGGGAGAGGAGGAGGAGGAGGCAUAAGUGAGGGGUGAGAGAGCCAGAUGUGACGAGAUUGGCAGCUGUCCACGGCUUCUAUGUUCUUCAGCAUCGUAUACGAUCUCUACAAGAACUUGACUUGAGAUGGGACAGCAAGGGAGGGACAGUGAGGGUCUGCAAACCCAAGUUUCUUCGUCAUUUGGACUUAUUCUAGAGGAAAGUAUCCAGGGCCUCCCUCCCUCCCUAUCGUCCAUCGUCCAGUCUCCACCUCUACAUCUGCAGGAGCUCAGCCCAGGGAUUGAUGAUGUGUCAUUGGAUCCUCCCGUGGAUCUAUGGGCGCGUAGCCCAUCGGGGGCCGGCAACUGGCAAUCCAUCAUUAGGGGUCACAACACAUUUAGCCCUGUCUCACAAGCACUCAUUGUCAUUCAAGUACCAUGGUCAGGCAGGGGGAGGAGAGGGGCAGUGUGAAGUUAUGUUAGUUGGCCGGCUGGGAGCACUGUGAUUUAAUCUUUGAAGCCUCUGAUAGGGCUGUGACCUCAGCUUGUCAGGAGGACGCUUUCCACCUUAACCACUUCAUCCCGUGACUCGCCCACGCAACCUGACCCGGGUGAACUGAAAUAUUCAUGUUUUAGAAAAGCUCCACAUUAAGCUUUCACGGGCUUUUAUUUUUAGAAAGUGUGCCAUUGUGUGUGAAUGAACCUUUAUAAACACAUGGUUUCUGUUUAUUUUUGAAAUGAACUGCUUGAUUUAACUUUUUUACUCUCAACUUGAAACGAUCGAGCACAUAUUUCUGCUCUUGUUCCACUUCAAAGGUGAAUGUUAUCUCCUCUUUGCCCUCUUUAGUCUCCUGAAUGACAGCAGCAGCAGAACCUCUGCUGGGUCCAGGCUGCCACCUUUCAGGCUGUCCUUCCUCUCACAUCUGGAUCCAAUAGGAGCGGCUUCCUCCUCUGAAGGAGGGACACAUAUAAAUAGCCGCACAGCCAUAACCACACUAUGCAGCACAGCCUGGAUGUUGGUUCUUUCGUUUGCUGCCGUCCCUGUCUUGGUGAUGCCAGCUCAGAUAUGGAGUAUGAAGUUGCUCUUACCCCAUCCACUCUCCAUCCUUUGACUCCACCUCUGAUCCUGCCGUCCCUGUGGUGUGACUGACGCACUAACGCUAAACGCAAGUCCACACAGCUCUGCUGCACACUCUAAGUGGAGUGGGGCCAGGAUUGGAACACAAGCAGGCAGAGGGUGGUGGGUAGGUGGGCGGGCCAAAGGUGGCCUGCGUGGGCUAAAACAUGUGGGCUGAGAAGGGGAAAUGCAUUAAUUUAGUUAUAGAUGAACAACUGCCUCUAUAAGAGACGUAAUAACAGUCUCAUUACUCAUGCAGUGAUUAUAUACACUUGGUCACACAGGUAUGUAUAAUUAAGUCUUUUUGAAGAUGUAUGGCACAGAGAACUUGAGAUGUUGUGUAAGGAGCUGUCGGCACCAAAAAGGAUACUAUCCGGUUGACUUCCGCCCAUUUAGACGGCACCUUGUCAUUUUGUCUGUCUUGUGUGUGCAUGCCGUUGAUCAAACACAUUCCCCUUCAGUCAGUGUGGCACAUGUGGAUGUCCUCCCACAGAAGCCCUGUCCUGCUCUCGCUCUGCCAUCAUCAGCACGUUAAAACUCGUUCCAGCAAAAAAGUGGGUCUGUCCCCUUGUCUGCUUGGGGCUGCAGCAGCGGGAGAAGCGUUGGGGGGAAAAAGGAAGGGUAAGGGAGGGAUGGAUGUGUGUGUGUUUGUGUGUGUCGAGUGGGCCGGGUGAAGGGGGGUGGGGCUGGCCAGCCAAAGCUCUUGCUUGAGUGAGUUUUAAUUUGUGUGCUUACAGCAGGAGACGCUGCAGAACAGCGUAGUUGGGGGUGGGGUGGGGGGGCACAGAUGCAUUAGUGCUCGUGCACUCAUUCACCUCGGACCAAACACACACACACACACGCCUCCUUCACACACACAGUGACACUUAUUAUUGCGCCCCGUGGUGUUGUCUAAAUGGUUCUGGCACUGUAGUCUUUGUUUUCUCUCCUGAGCCGAAGCCUGGUGUGCAGACACCGUCUGAUUGAUCAGUUUAUAAAACUCUGUGGCGGGCUGGAAUGAGCUGCUCAGGGACACAAUCUAUUUGCUCUACCUCUUUCCGUUGCUUCUCUAACAUAGAUUCUCUGUCCUGCUCAAAUACCACCUUGCAAAAAUGUUUGGGUAUAAAAAAGACAAAAAAAAAAAAAAAGUCUCCUCCUAUUUUUGGACGACAAAAAAGCACAGGAGGAAAAAAAGCAAACAUUAUAGCAACCCCGAUGCUUUGAACGCAUGCCUGGACAGCCUGCAUGUGUGUGCGUGUGAUGUGGUAAAACUGCAGAAACAUGGAGGAUGUGUUCCAGGGAUGGAACUUGAGAAUGUCCCCGUUCCCCUCUUGCUGGCCUCUGAGGAGGAGCCACCAGCGCUCUGCUCCUGCCCCCGCUCUUCUCUGCGCCUGCCUCCUCCUGCCAGACACAUAGCUUCAGUUUCCCUCCCAGGCCAGGAGGGUAUCAGGUUUGUUUUGGACGGGAAGGUGGGGGGUGGGAGGUGCGGAUGAGGAUGAGGAAGGCUGGCAUAUGCAAGAAGUAGAAUACGGCGGACAGAUCUGAAGGCUGGUGUGGAGUUGUAACAGUUAGACAGACAUGAGGAGAGGGAGGGGGAAAAAAUAGAACAAACAAGUCCCCCCCCCGACACACACACCCCCGCCACCGGCCUGUUGCUGCCCCUGACCCCUCAUCCUUAAAUUCUGUGCCAGCAGCUGGAGUAGUGAAGCGGCCAUUUUAUGAAUGAGGGUGGGAAGGAGGGAGUGAGAGACGGAGAGGAGUAAGAAAGGAGGGGUGGGGUGGAGGGGUCAGGUUGUGUGUUGUGUGGGUGGGUGGGUGAGACGCGGCUCUGAGGCGCUUGUGGUGGAGUUGGUUACGUGUCUGUGUGUAUGUGUGUAUGUGUGUGAGGCUGAGGAGGAGCCUGGGGUAAGCCCACACACAUACACUCCUGCCUAUUCGCAGGCUCUCUCUCUCUGUGUUUGUGUUUUGUUCAUGCCUCUGUUGAGACUCUGCGCUGUCUGCAACAAAAGGCCCAAUUUGGGGCUGUGCUUCCGCCGGAGGCUGCUCGCUUAGCAGCCGCAGUGGCUCAGUCCUGAGGAUGAGGUGUAACAGGCGACACUUUCUCAAAGUCUCUACCAGAGAGUUUCCGGUGAAGAGACUCUUCUCGCUUGUGUGUUGGUUUUCUGUAAACAUAAAUUUUCUGCUCCCUUGUUGUCGCAGUCAAAACAUGAAACCUGCUGUCUUUUUUAAGUGGAGUCCAGGGUGUGAACAAAGCAACUGCUCAACAUUUUAUGUGCCCUGUUAUUUCAUUUAAGCUUCUGGUAAAUGUUAACAACCCUCGUCUCUCCCUGACUGAGUUUACUUCAGGGUCAUUUUACUUUUUUCAGGAUGCAGUUUUUUCUAUAGUGAAGAAAUUUGCACAUAUAAAAUUGUAGAUGCAUUAAAUUGUAGAUCGUGUGUUCCUGACACAAGACUUUCAGAUGCGCCAUCUUUCUAACACGUAUUGAUUCUUCACUCCCCACUUGGCUCUAUACCUUCAUAUUUCUGAAACAAUGCUGGUGUCGCUGUCCUCUGGCCUCUGCUGGGAGUCGGAGGCAUGCAGCUCUGUUGGAGACACAGUGGGUUUGUAAUUGUAAUUCUCCUUGUGCUGAAGUGCUGUUAAAACACCUCGUAGUUGUCGGUGAAUGAGCCAACGGUAGGGUGAUCAUACGUCCUCUUUUACCCGGACAUGUCCUCUCUUUUGGGGGCUGUCCGGCCUUGUCUGCAGAGCUGCCAAGCAUCACGCUUUGAGUGCGACAGUCACACAAUUUGACUCAUUCUCACACCACACGCCACACUUGACAUUUCUCACGCUUAUAUUUCCCCAUUCAAUACUCUGUAUUUAUUUUUUUCAUGAUAAUAAACUUGGUUUGCCGUAGUUCGAGUAACUCUGAUUGACUGACUGAGGUAACCAAUCCCAGACCAAUCCAUCAGUCCUUUUAAAUCUAACCAACCACGGAAGGCACCACACAAUAUAAACCAAUCAGAAGCAACUCAAGGCGGGUCUUGGCGUUUCUAACUAUCUUGUCCCCUGCUAAAUCAUGGAGAGUUGGUUGAAAUGCAAUAUUGAGGAAUACAUUUGUUAUUUUCAUUUCUAAUUUCUGGUUAGUUAAGACUAGCAUUAGGAGGCCACAGUGCAGGAAAAGCAGCUGGCAUGGAGGUGAGGACAUCAGUCUUAAGGUAUAAAUCAACGUUAAAAAAAAGCCAAUUUUUUUUCCCCGUCGGCCAAACACAAAAUAACCCUAAAGUCUCAUUCUUCUAAGUUUCUGAAACUUGCGGCCCUGUGUCUGGCUUUGUCCGGGGGAGUUUAUAAAAUCCUUCAAAUGUCUGCGGUUUUGUACGGAAGUUUUGAGUUUGUUUGAGGUGGACUUACUGAGUUAGAAACUUGUAAAAGACACUCAAUCCAACCUGAAAAACUCUCAAAAUUGUGCAACUCCGUGACUGCAACCCUGCGUAGUCUUGUCCUUUAGCCAACGAGACCUUUGCAAGAGGUACUGAUGCAGACUAGAGUCAGCUGCUUUGUUAAGGACCAAAGGUUUUUUCAUAUGCUUGUAUUUAUUAAAAUAUUUUUCUUCGAGGGAAUUAAAAGCAUGUCCACUUAGUUCUGCCUUAUAAGCUAUACAUUAUAAAUGUUAAACACAUACAGAAACAUGCUUUUAAAUUGGUUUCCUAUGUUCUAUCAAUUAAUUAUCAAUUGGCAAAUACCCUUACGAACCAGCACGCCUGCACGAGAGGGUCUGGGUUGUGCAGCCUGACUCAUUCUGUUCUUACAGCAGAAGGUAGCAGGUGGCAUUAUCCGGUCAGUCACUCAGUCAUUCAGCGGCGGUCGUGUAGCGAAGUAGGUAAUGAGAGCUGACACAGAGUGACAGUGCAGACAGGAGGACAUGCUGUCACUGUGGCUCAGGGACACAAGGACGUCCUCUGGUGUUGUUUACUCCUCACUGUGUACAUUAAUUCAUCUGAUACCGCCUGCGACUCCGGCUGCCUUUUCCUGCUCCUUCUUUUUACCCCCUGAGGCAACAGAGAGGUAGCAGUUUGGUCCGGGGAUGACUAAAAUCUGUACCUAUCGUCGACACACUCAGAGUCCGACACACGUUGGCUUCACGGUGUAAGAGCACUUGCUCUCAGGGUAACUGGGUUAACCUGGUGUUUUUUCCCUCUUGAGGAACCGGCCAUGGAGCAAUAACAUGCUUCAGGUGUGCCUAGACUACCGUCAUGCAGCAAGAAUGUGCUCCUGCAGGCAAAAUGGUGGUACAGUCCUUUGAACUGAAUGGACCAUCUGUUUCCACCAACGACUCUGGAAUGAUUGGCUAAUCAUCGACUUAAAAAUCACUAUUAGAAACUUUCAUUAUCAUUUUUUUGAUCGCUCCAAUUUGUAGUGUAAACCCUCAGAAAUGAGUUGAGAAUUGUGGGUUUGCCAGCUCAGUUUUUAAUUACAUAAGAAUAAUCUAUUUCAUGUCAAUUCAUAAUGAUGUAUUCAUUCUGUUAUCAGGUACAGGUAUUUCCCGGUAAACUCCUGUGCUCAAAAUAAAAGACAUCUUUGGUUUUACUAUUUUUUUAAAACUAAUUUAACCUUUAUCUAACCAGGUAAGAAACCCAGGUUUACAAGGGUGACCUGGCCAAGAGGUCAGCAGCACAUGUCACAAUAAUAAUAAUAUAAUUCAAGGACAAAAUACGUUUACACAAACAGUACUUCUGCAAAGGGAAUUUUCGAUAAAAGGGUUAAAAUGCAGGAGAAGAAAUGACUUACAGAAGAUUGAAUGAAAUGCUUACAGCGAAAUAAAUCCAGACAAUUUCAGGUCAGGUACUACUAAUCCACCAAAACUCUCCACCAGUUCAUAUGUCAGAUAAUAGAUUUGAUGAUGCAUUAGUUAUGUUUGUGAACACCAGCAACAAGCAAAUUCUCAUGCAGGACAGACUUCAUUCAACAGUGCAUCCCUCACACAGUUUCCCAGAUUUCCAGAACUGCAGUUUAGAUUUUUUUCCCUGUUGGAGUCAAAUUGUUUUCUCAUACUCUUAAUUCUAUCUUUCGAUACCAAAAAGGAAAAAAUGUGUUUCUGUAUGUCUGCAAUCAGCCCCCCUUUGCCUGCCUUUUUGUAGACACCCGCUGCCUACAGCUUGGCAGAGAACAGCAAGACCCUGCAGUAGAGGGGCUGGUUAGGAGAGCAGAUCUGUUGUGGUGCAGCAGAUUGUACACACACACACACACACACACACACACACACACACAGCUCCUGUGAGAGGGGUCAGGCCAGAGUAAUAGUAGCUCUAAUCAAACCACCACAAGACAAAGCAGUGCUUGGGAAUUUGGCCUUGGAAAAAGGCCUGGAGCCAGUGCCAGCUCUUUGAUGGCUUUCUUCUGAGUGGUAGCUAAAGGAUAUGGUCUCCUGUUUCCUGUGUUUGCUCCGUCUCACCCUGUGUGCAUGUGUGUUUGUGUGUGUGCAUGUGAUUGAUGGCUCAUUGAUUGAGCUGCGUGCUCCCGUUCCCUCUCUCAGCCAGAUAUCUGUCCCCUAGCUGUCUGUAGCCAGCCAGCCCCCCCUCUCCAGCACCGGCUGUUCAAAAGUAUGCGAGUGUGUGCACAUUCAUGUUUGUCUUCGUGCAUUCUGAAGGAAAUCACUCAUCUAGCAGGUGUGGAUCCUCCUCUCGCUCUGGCCACUCGUCUCAUUGUUCAAACGUAAGGAGUGGAUAAUGUGUAACCUAAAGCUUCCUCAGACUCAGAUAAUAUUUAACAUUUAGUUAAGAUUAUAAUGUUUUAAAAAAAUCUCCCACAAAAGGCUCUUUGUGUGAGCACCUGCGUGGCUUUUUGUGCAGGUAAACACUAGAAUCACAUCUAUCCUCUAUUACCAGGCGUAGGGAUUUUUUUCUGAACCAGUUCCAGAGCCGCAGCAGUGCUACCGUGGAACAGUAAAUACAGCCUCAGGCCUUCCAUUUGUUACAGUUUAUGAUGUGCAAUUUGGCAGCUUUCAGACCAAUAAUAGUUAACAAGACAUUUAUGAAAUAACUGCAACAAAUUACUGCAUCUGGGAACAGCACGGAUACCCUGCCUCUGGAGUAAAUAUAGAACCAAGUCUUCUGUGUGUGCAGUUGGUGCAGUGUCCUCUUUCUGCAGGUUCCCUCACAUACGUCCCUGUAACAGAGAGAUCUCAGAGGAGUGGCACAAAACCGGAGUGGGGUUAUUUGUUUAGAGGAAACGACCUGAGCUCAAGGAGUGUCUGAUAUAUGAUUUUUUUAAGUAGAAGAUCAAAGAGUGAGGAAAAGUAAAGAUCAAUGAAUUAAAUCUGAUUUAUUAUUUUUAAUUUAAAUAUGUAAAGAUUGGCAUUGACACCAUUAUUCACCAUUAAGAGAUAAAAAACCUCCUCAGACUUGUGUUUACGCUCUCAGUGUAUGUCUGUGUAACAUGUCUGCAGUGCAGCGUGGCUCAGGCCCCCUAUUGGUGCUCCAGUGCUGCAGCCUGGUUCCUUGAGUUGUCCACGGCGACAGGAAGACAAAGGCAUAUUUUCAGAGCAGGGGGGCUCCAAAGUGGGUGACCAUGUAGCGUGUCCCCAAACUGGAGGAGAGAUUUUUCUCUAGCCUUGAGAGGAGAGAAAGAGAGGAGGGGGAAUGUGGCCCACUGUUAUCAAACUGUGUCUUUCUCUCCCCCCCUGACUAUGAGUGUGCCACAGCACUUCACAAUAGAGGCUUUUGUUUGUUUGGGGGAGAAAGCGUGGGUAUUUUGUUUGAAUCAUUUCUCAAAGUCUUGUGUUUAACAUGGUGGGGGCUCAGCACUUCCUGUGGUCGGAGGCAGGCUUGUUCUCUGUGCCCAUUUCCCUGCCUCUCUGCUGGCAUCUAUCCCCUCUGCCCACCAUGUCAUCCUUUUGAAUGGUCACUUUUACAGUGUGUUCACACUAGUAGAGUUUGCACCGAUUAGGCUGAAACUUUUUUUAUCAGGCAUGACAAGCCGGAUAGUUGAAGCAUGCUGGACUGAUGGUAGUUCCCUCCGCCAAGGAGGUUAUGUUUUCGGUAGCAUUGGUUUGUUUGUCUGUUAGCAACUUUACGGAGAAAGUAACCGACGGAUUGACCUGAAAUUUUCACCAGAGGUGCGUCUCAGCCCCAGGAGGAUCCCAUUAAAUUUUGGUUGUGACCGGACAAAAUUCUGGAUACUGUGAUCCAGAACACACAAAAAUAAGGGUGUCGUUGGAAUUUUCAAUGCUGAAAGAUAACCAAUGGGCGGCACAGUGGUGUAGUGUUUAGCACUGUUGCCUCACAAUCAGAAGGUCCUGGGUUUGAAUCCCGGUCGGGGCAUUUCUUGUUUAAGGGGGGACAUGAGCUGCUUGGCGGAGGUCUGCGCUCUCAGAGUGCUUUCCUAGUUUGAGAUAGGGCCGGGCGAUAAACCGAAAAUUUACCGAUACCGAAAUUUACGACAAUAACCGACGUCCCUUUUGCCCAUGUCAAUAUAUCCGGUGUCAAAAAAAUUAAAUAAAUAAAAGUUGGUUUUGGAUGUGUUUAGGUAGACUUUGGUCUCAUGUCCCUUUAAGACGCUGUCCUACGUCAGAGACAUGACCCCACUCCAUCCAGUGCGUAACAAAGAGGGAAAGACAGGUGAGGAGAUGGAGGACGGUUCAAAAGUUGUAGCGGCUGAAGUACAUGAAGUUAAUGUGGGAGGGAUAUCGUGAUAUUGAUUUGAGGCCAUAUCGCCCAGCCCUAGUUUGAGUUUUUUUUUUUUAAUUUUAGAGAAGAGAUCUUUCUCUAUCCACCUCAGUGCCUUCAAACCCGUCACAGUCACAUCAGUAUUUCCCACCGCAGCCCCCGUGCUUCCUCCUUUGGCACUCCAGUGACAUUUCCCCUCUCCUACAUGUGCUGACUCCUCCUUAAUCUGCCUAAGAGCUAAUCUCUCAUGGAGGGAUGUGACUGAACACUGCAUCAACACUGACUGUGGCAUACUUGCAGACCCUACCCUUGCUAGUGGACGGCUAACUCAGUCACACUUUAGUCACCUCCACCCUCGAAAACCUGCCUGACAUGUGGAUCAAUCCCCCCGAUAGGGACCUUCCAUGUCUGUCUCAAUGUACUGGAUUAGCAAAUAGCCUGAAUUUUCUUUUUUCUUCCAGCACAUCUUUUAUAUAUUAAGCAGAUAUUUCUCAAUGUGUGUCUUCCUCUGGCCUCUCUUGCUCUAACCUCACUGCUGGUGAUGAAUCCCAGUGCAUCUGAGCUGGUAAUUUAGUGAGCUGACUGCUAGUAAAAAUGUCACACUGAGUCAAUUGCAAGGAAAAUAGCACAAGGCCUAAUUCACCGAUCAAAACUCCUUACUUGGCAUGUGAUGAUUGAGAAAUGCUGGCUUGGACCUGGAAAAAUCCCCGCAUAUGUGCAGUAAAUGAGUUCACAGUACAUUUCUGUGCGUUUGUGUGUCGCUCUUUUUAUUGUUUUUCUGUGCCGUCCUUCCCUCCUUCCGUCCUUCCCUCCUUUCCUCUCUAUCUCCUCUUCUUCUAAGCAAGAGAGGCCAUGCGAGCUGAGGUCCCUAAAAGGGGCAAAUGCAGCUGACAAUGUGCGUGUAUGUGUGGGCAUGUUUGCGAGGAAGAAGAGAAGAGAAGGGAAGGAGGAGGAAGAAACGAACUCUCCGCCCACCCUGAAAAGAGGAGGUGAAAAAUGGGGAUAGAGGCAUGAUGUCACUGGCAGCCAAUAAGAAGUGAGGGCAGGGGACUGUUUAGCUGUCCGGCUCUGUCCACAUCGACUGCCCUCUUCUGCUGUUGGUACAGUAAGGCCAGGGGGGGCUUUAACUAUAAUCUGGUCUAUCUCUGGCCUCCCACCCCUGACCUCUGACCAGUAUGUGUGUCUGGGGCCCAUAAAGCCAGGUCCUGUCCUCUUAGUCUUUUAGUCUCUUGCAGAUGAUUGGAAUCUCACUCCCUUUUCUAAUCUUCAUAAAGUCUGUUCAAGAUUAGAUAGGGGGUCUUGUGGUCCCCUCUACGACUCUACAGCAUGUGUUCGAGACCUGAAGCGAAUGGUAAACUUGCGUCAUGGUAAAAUCUGAUUAACACCCAAACUUAGGUGGAAACUGAGGAGCUGUGUCUGCGCUGAGCCUGGGAGUAAAACUUACUGAAAGUGACGUAACCACCAAUUUGAGACUUGUAAACAGUGACGUUUUUUUGCGCUCCACUGUGUGGGCUUUGUUAGACUGCCAUAUUUGGGGCUGUUGUUAGCCAAUUACUAAUGAGGGCAUGCUUUUAUGAGUUAGCCGCUUUUUUUCCCCCUGCACUAUUUACUGUAAUCACUACCUUUACAUUGACAUGGUAACUCACUCCGGCUGUUUUCGCAGCUUCAUGCGCUCAGAUUAAAAGAGAUGCUUAAGGUGAGGUUCAGGCAAACUCUUUGAAGUCGAAGGAUCAAAUGGAAACCGGCACAUAGUUAAAUGCUGCCACCACUGCUCCUCUCUGGCCUUAUCAGUGUGCAAACAAAGUUAGCACUAAGUACCUACAUUCUUCGGUUUUGUUUAGUCGCCUGUAAAGAACCUGCAAGCUGGAAGCUCUCCAACACAAAUGAGGUUUGUGUUUUUUUUCUAAAAGGAGAAGGAAAACAUUGGAAAGGCCAUUCUCAUGUGAAGCGAAUGGAUACAAGUUCAAUUAGUUUCCUUUGCAGUGAUACCAGCUGGGAUCAUGGCAUCCUAUUGAGCCAUGAAAGGAGUCACUUAAAGUGUCAGAGCAGACUCUGUCAGUACGGAGAAUAAACAUAGUGUCCUGUUUGUAACAGAUGGUAACUCUGGGCACAACGUUCUCUAGCUUAGCCCUUUUUAAGGAAGAGCACGGCCUCACAGAAAGAAUACAGUGUGUACCCUGAAGAAACUCAGUGUGAAGAUGAAAUUAAGUGGGGGGGGGAAGGAAACCCUAAAUCCAGAUGUCGUAUUUGAAGUGGCUAAUGGGACUGUGCAGGAUGCCAGGCUCCACCGAGGUGGCAGACACCGAGGCGUAAAUAUCCAAGAGAGAGGAGGGAGAUGCAUCAAUGUGUGGGUGUGGGUGUGGGUGCUAGAAACCAGUUACAGUUGUCUGCAAGACAAGAAAACUUCUGUCAAUCACAUGCAGCAACAUGCCUAAUUUCUGUGAUAUGACCUUCCAUAUAUAUACUAACACACAAACAAUAUUGAGCUCUCAUAACAGUUUGGAUUUACAGUCCACCUGCAAUCAGCUCAGUAAUCCACAAAUAACCUUUGCUGUGUUUGUGUAGCACUCUAUCUCAACCUGCUGUGAACGCCUGCAAUGAACUCUAACAUAUCCCGUCAGCUCAAGGCAAAUGUCUCUUUGCUUAAUAAUCAGGAUUAGAGUCUCCUUGAAGUCAUUGUGAAAUGAAGAUGUGUCAUUUUGCAUCCAGACGUCCUGCCAGGAGGGAACAUGUAUAUGCCGGACGGUGUGCCAGGAUGAAGUCUGGGCACCGCAUGCUGCAAAUCUGCAGAUGGUCAUCUACAGAAAUAAACCCUGGCGUUUAAAACCACUACUAUUCUGAUGCUUUGAUGAUGACUGGCUAAACCAACUCAGGGUGAAGAGUAAAAAUGUUACAUAAAUGUUGCAUUUGCUUAGGAUUGCAAAAUAAAAGGCAUUUUCAUGGUAAAGUUGACACUGACAUACAAAAUAAACGCAUUGCAAUGUAUUACACGCAGGCAAUGAGCGGGGAAAAAUGAUGUAUUUUGUCACCAGGGUGGAACCGUCUGAUUUAUCAGCCGGACUGAGGAAAUGUGCCAAGAUUUUACAAGGUUUCACAAAUCAGAUAAAGCUGCAGUUAGCUGUUAGUUUUUCUUCAACAGGUUUAUGUCAUUUGGAUGCUGAAUUGCAGAAUGUUGCAAAGGUUGUAAGCUGCAGUUAAAAUAAAAACUUUUAGCUAAACUGACUUUAAAUAAAAUUAACCCAUUUUGAGAAGAUUCACCGUCUGGUGCUCUCUAGGUUUUGAGCAAAUCUUAUAUUGAUCUGACUAAAUUCUCAUAUGACUUUUUCAACAAGCCAUUCAGAGCACACUGUAGAGCCAUCUGGGAUUACUUCCUCACAAUCUGAAACUUUGCUCAUAUAGAGUACAGAUGCCCAUCAUUUUAACUUAAAGACCCACUUUGAUGAAAAUCAUGUUUUUCUUGUUUUGUUUUUUUUAUAUGUUCAUAUGGCUUUUUUCUGAUUCUACAGGACAUAUCAUGAGAAAACUAAAUGCAAUAUUGCUUUUCUGAUUAUUGCUGUCUCCGCCCACGACUCAGAGGCGAAUUGCUAAUGAUCUACUGGAGCUCUGCUGAAGAAAAGCCUUAGAAAAUGACACAGAUAACGUGAUUUUUGGUAAAAACUUAAUAAUCACAAUUUAAAGACCACUGAGAACACUUUAAGUAGUAAAAAAAAAAAUUAUCGAAGUGGGACUUUAACAGUUGUUAACGGUUAUAAAAAACUAAAACCCAAUACCACAACAACUAUGAUCUCAUGUGCAAUUUCUCUUCAACCUGAUUAAAAUGAUUCAUUUUGGAUAUUUCGGUUUCACUGUUAGCACAGAUGCUUAAUAGAUAUUUCUGAUUAAGAAGUGCCUGUGCAUGCAUCAGUCAUUUCAUGAGAAUAAAACUGUAUUAAAAACUAAGAGUGGUUCCACAGGUCCACUGUGGAGAAAAACCCUUCCUGCCUGCUGGUUUGUGUCGGUUAUAACAUCAUUGGUGCAGCUGCAUUCCUCCUUAAGGCUUUUCUGCUCCAUCAAAUGCGCACCAGAUUUCAGUCUCUUCCUCUCUUUUGUCUGUGUUUGGAUGCCAUUUCACGGAUAUGGUCACCUCACUGAAAAGUCAGCUUGAAAACGUUGAGAAUCCACCUUGGUCCAUGGCUGGAGGGGCGGUUGUGAAUCCAGGUAUUAGACUGUUCCUGCAAACAUCCAUCACCUGAGCCAAACACAGCAGAAAACUUUAUGAGCUCAGUUAGUAAUAUUAAUUGCCUGUAUUUGAUGAUACCAUACCGAGUGUUAAACGUCAAUAAUAGUCUUCCCGAGGAUCUCCUUUACGUUCAUUUACAGUAGGGGAACAGACUGCACUGUGUAGGAGGCAGAAGAGACGUGAGUUUUGACAUGCUCUCACAAACCCUCAGCCAGUCACCCAGCGAGCAAAACAGCACUACCAGGAAACACAUUGCAUUUAAUGAAGCAGAUCUGGGAAGUCAGAUAUUUUUAGAAGCCACUUUCAGUGAGAGGGAACACCUCAGAACCUGUGAAAAAGAAAAAAAAGGCCGAGUUUUCUCAGCUUGGCUUUUCUCACACUGGCGCCUAUCUCAGCAUCUUAGCCUUUCAGCUCACUCACCUGCCUCACACUGUGACUGACAGUGAUUUAUGUGAAAAGUUAUAGAGCAUACAUCUUAACAAUGUAACUCUAGUAAUGUUGUUCAGAGUAGCAUGUUCACAAUUGUGAGGCAUUAAUCUAUUUGAUGGCUUAGUGAGACCUUUUAUUUGAAAACCCUUUAAGUCUCAACAGCAGCUAUUUCUAAACCCUUUGAGUAUAAGCUCAAGUAUUGCCUGAUCUCAUGAAGAAGAACGAUGCAAAGGCCUGUCUUUUCAUGACUGUCAAGGGAAAAAAAGGGACUCUGGGAUGUUAUAUUCACGGGGAGUCUGGCCUGCAGGGACUGAGGAGUUCAUCCAGGGGCUGUGCUAAGUCAUAAGGUUAGACCGCACCGGUCAUUUCCUCACAUGCAAAUUUAGAUUCCUUAUGUUGUGGGUUUUUUUUAAAGGCGGCUGUUUGUUUACAUCUAUUUUGAUUCUUCCUAAAGCCCCUUUUUAUUGUGAUUCAGCUGCAGCACCAUAACCAAGCUCUGCUGUCAAUCUGCCUUUGUGUUGAAAUACAUUUGACCAAACGAUAAUAAUACUGGCAUCUCCAAGAGUGAUUUUAUACAGCGCUAUGGAGGCAUGAGAGGCGUAACAUGUAAACAGAGAGCCUGAGCCACACACACACACACACACACACACACACACACACACACACACACACACACACACACACACACAUAGUUUAUAGCAAUGCUGUCUUACCUCUGCUGCUAUCUCAGAUGCUGCCACAGGGGUGGAACAAACUUCACCGCAGCUUUCUGCCUCUGUGACAUUUACAUUGAUGGUGAGACCUAUUAGUAAUAUGUAUGUGCUUAAUGGCAACAGAUUCUUAUCAGCCUCCUUGUAUCUCAUUCAGCUCUAAAGCAAAUGUCACAACUUUUGAGGACAGGAUCUGGCUCCACCUUUACUUAUUAGUCAGCGUUCUGUGCAUGCUCAGGUGUUCGCACACUGGGAUCUAAGCUAAGGGUUGAAUAUCAUGGAUGAGUUGCAUGAAAGCCAGGUUGUAAACAAAACUUCAACAUACAAAGAAAUAGGGGUAGAAAAAAUAAAUCAAUUCACAUAAGUAUCGCGAUUUUUUGUUUUCCAAUUUUUAAUCGAUUUUAUGUUCAGAAUUUGAUUUUUUCUUUUCCAAAUUUAAGAAUGAAUUUUAAAAGCUGACCUACAUGUGAUAUGCAGACAAUCAUAAUCAUUCAACUGUUUCACUGGUGUUAAAAAUGAAGACUGAAAAUUGGCAAUAUCGUAGACUUGAAAUUGAAUCGGCAUCCAAAAAAUCGUAGAAAUCAGGUGAAAAGCAUUUGCCCCAGCCCUACAAAGAAAGGAUGUCAAAAGACAACACCUAACAAACAGCAAAGAAAGAGCAGGCAAAGGCCAUCGCUGUGAAAGUGGUGAAUUUUGCUGACUGUUUUAAUAUGUCAACCUGACAGUAACAAGCUGAAAUGGGAGGUAACGCCACCUACCUAAGCAGAGGUGGACACGCUCCUGUCAUUCAUUUGAUUUUCCGUACUGAGUGAUAUUUGGGGCCUGGUUAACCUUUAGGCUGCCCUCACCUCUGCGCUCAGUGUAACUGUCAUUAUUCCUGACUGUUCCAACCAGCCUACAUGUAAAUGAAUGUUUUUGCCACAGUGUCAACAAGCAGAGCAUGAAAUGUAUUCGACUCAGCUGAUUGAUUCGAUGACUGCAUUGUUUUUGCAGUAAUAUAUCUAAAAUUCUUAUAAUUAAUUCCAAAUUGUAUCCAAAUAUUCGUGUGUAUUCUGAUUGUCCCUUUUUAAAGAAAACAGUCUUGAUCUUCUUACUCACUCUUUCCACUGUUUGAACUUUUAAUAGCUUUCAGACCAUCUUCUUCCUCUGAAUGAUAAAACACAAAAGUGUUCUCACAUGUGACGCUGCUGCUGCUGCAUACCUGUGUUUUUUUUACAAAGUGCAGUCAACAACAAAGCAACAACAAAAACAGCAGCAGCUGUAGGAUGAGCUGAAGCCCGAGGGCAGAAGGAAGGUCUGUUUGUGUGAGUGUGUGAGUAUGUGUGUGUCUGUAAAUGCGUGUGUGUUGUUGUGACUAAAUGCGAGUGAGGGGAAAUGCCACGCAUGCCUGAACACACAGACCAGCACAUAGUUGUGUGAAAAACACAUUGCUGGUCUUUAGUGGGCAUGGGAGUGGAAGAGACCCAGAAACAGAGGGACAGGGAGGAGUCGGCUCACACACACCUUUGUGCUCAGGACUGAACAGAGAUUUAAACAAGCUUUCCUGAGCCAGCUGUCUACAUGAGAAAAUCACAUCAUGGGCUGUGCACCAAAAAAAAAAAAGAAAAAAACAAAACUGUGAUCAGCAGAACAUGCACAGCUGAAAAGGUGAAAAACACUUUAGAUUAGAUCAGUCCAUCGUCGCUCUUGAGACUUUCCCCACUGUAGCAGCAGUAACACAGCGCUGGAAUCUGUGAUGCGGUUUGACUUUGGCUGUGAGUGGAGGAAGCAUCCUCUCUUUGGCUGUCUGGGCUGAUGUGGUUUAAACAAGUGUCUGGAGUGAUCCACUGGGGGCUCCCAGGGAGGAUUGGGUUGCCGGAUGAGGAUGUGGCCUGAUUGAGCUCAGGAGCCGGGGGGGUCAACCCACGAUCCGCGCUGCAGCGGCCCCUGAUAGGCCUGCUGUUUGCUACUGUACUCCUGCUCAGCUUCCUCACUGUCUGCUUCUGCUCUCAGCUGCGGUAACCUGAGUCCGCUCAGAGUGGGAGGCAGUGUAGUGGAUUACUGUGGUGUGCAGCAGAGUGAAUACUUCAGUAAAUGGAGGUGAUGUAGAGAUAAAUUUAAUCAUGUCCUAAUGGAGCUUUGGCCUCUUUAUAUUGUGGAGCAAGGACGGGUGGUGUGAUUGACACUUAAGUGUGCAGAGUCUACAGUAACCCUCUUAACAUCAUGCAGUCUGCGUGAUGAUAUCAUCACACGUCAUUUACAGCAGAGGAAAAAAAAAUCACAUUUAAUUAGUGAUUGAUUGAUUCAGUAAUUAAAUAUCAUCGACUACUUAUUUAGUGAAAGUCUUAACCCUUUGAUUUUUGGCCUCUUUGGACAAAGUUGAGAAACUUCUGUUCAUAGAGAAAUCUUGACAGAAUUUCAUGACACCGUGCGUCAUGUCUCCAUCUUAAAUCUACCGUAGCCUCAGUCGUGCCCAGUCAGGUUUUUCUUUUUAAUUCUGUUCCAGAUAAGGGUCAGCAGCAUUUACAGGAGUAAAGUGACUAAGGCUUGUCGUUCAGUAAGCUACAUCUAUUCAGGUCCUCCCUUAACUUAUGUUUUCUCAGAAUCAGUGGAAAAGCCGUGCUUAAUCACUAUGGUUACCCCCCCCCCCCCCCCCACUCCCCCACCCUACGUCUGCUCAACAGAGGACUUGUUUACUAGCUCUGCUCCAGACUCAAUAACAUGUCAGUCAUCGGCAUUAGGACCUCCCCUGCCCACCUGCCAUUGGUCGAGCUCAGAGCUCCCAGUUUAACCCCCACCCUUCUCUUUCCCGACACCCUCCUCCCCUCGGCUCCUCCCCCGGAGCCCCACUGCGAAUAAUGAAUGAUUUCCCAACUGUCUGUCACGCUUCCUACUUAUCUGCAGUGACACAGGGAAAACAUAUUGUGCUUUGAUAUGCCAUGAAGAAUGAAACGCGUUCAUCUUUCACUCCAUCAUUUUGUCUUUUUCUUCAGUGUGCCCACAAUCACACAGGGAUUUUUCACCAGCAAAUCAAACUCUAUCUUUUACACAAGUCUUUUCUCCUUCUCCAUUAUUUCUUCUUUCUUUCUCUUCUCCCCCCAUCCCUCUUCUUCUAAUCUCCUGGUCUCUCCUUUUUCUUCUUCCACCCUCUCCUUCUUCUCUUCUGCCUUUUUCCUUUGCCUUUCCUCCUCAUCCUUUUCUGUAUCCCCUUUUUCUUCUUUCCUUUUUUCUCCUUCUCACUUCUUAUCUCUCCCCUCCUUUUCUUCCUCCUCAUCAGAGGUGGCUGUGGGCUGCCGGCAGUAAACACAUCACCGGCCUCCUAAUGUAAACAGUGUAGUAGUCGGCUAACACAGCAUGCUCUCCAGCAAACGGGACAUGAGUCGCAUUCAGAUGAGGAGAAUGCUGCACUGCAACCCUCUUCCUCUCACGCCUUUUUAGCCAAUAGCAGCGCAUUCAUUCGAGACUCUAACUUUGAACCAUGUGACCCAUUUCCCUACCUACACACACACACACACACACACACACACACACACACUGUCAGUGCUGAAAUCUAGCCGUCUUUCAUCAGAUUGAAGCUGCUUUUUUGUCAACACAGACUAAAGGAGAGGUGCUUGCGCUUUCCUGCAGCCUCACUUUUUCUAAUUCUGGUCAGUCAUGAUUCUCUCAUCGUGGUCAAAGUAUUAAUUUCUUUACUUUCAGCUAUUAUUUAAUCCACUUUGCAUCUCAGUGGUCAUGCUUGCAUCUUCAUGGCCUCCUCAUUUAAGUCUCUGAAGCUGUUAUUGUGUUGUUGUUGUUGUUGUUGCUGCGAGAAACAAAGAAUUAACAUUCCCCCCUCUUGAAUCCUCGCAGCCUAAAACAUUCUGCGGAUUCUUUGCAUAGUCCAGCGACUGAUGGAUGCCUCUAAAACAAAAGAUAAACACACAGCACUUGUCUUUUCUUCACCCUGUUUUUGAUACCCCUCCCAACAGUGACAGGAGUAGGUAGAGUUACUGUUCUGUUGUCUUCUUUAUGAUCCACUUUUUGAAGACUACGACACAUAUGCUGCAGCUCUCUGAUGAGAGACUGGUCCAGUAGUUGGCAAUGGUCUCUCUGACCUGGCUGCGUUUGUUCAAAGAGGGAGGAGGGUGUUGUGUAACAACUGUUAGAGAGAAACAUCUUCAUAAACUUCCCAUCCCUACUCCUCGCAGUUUGAUUUAUUGAACUCUGCAGAGUCGGAUCAUAGUCGACGUUUUUGCUUCUUCGGUUUCUUCUCCGCAGCAGUCGCUUUACGUAAUACAACAUGCUGCAAAAUGGGGUCAAAUGCCAACCCACUGAUGGCACUGGUUUAUUCCUGCCUGUGUUAAACUUCUACAAGGAUGCUGACGUCUUAUCUGCAGAGGAGCCCCUUGUUAGGUAGUCCCUCUCCUUUGAAGUAGUGGAAACCCACAAUGCCCUGCAUAGCUAUGUGGAGAGACCAGCAAUGUGAAAAUAGGGUUGCAUUAGGAGCAUCUAUAAAUAGUGGAUUGUAUCCUUGAUACCACGGGUUGUUUGGCCACACAGUGAAACCAGGUCGACUUAUAUGGAUUUGAGGCAGCACCCCUCCACCCCCCCCACACUUUUGGACUUUCUUCUGGAGGAAGGUAUGCAUGUUUGGACUUUCUCUUCAUUGAUGCAGAAGGAGAGGAGGGACCUCCUCCAAUACGGUUCGUCAGAGUUUGCCUCGGGUGCCCCCUUUUGGUCAGAUUCCUGGAAUAUUCAACCUCACUUGUACGACCCCCCCCCCCCUUCACCCCCUCUCAGAGUGCACAUGUGCAUCACUGGUCGGCCUUUUGAAAUGCUGUGAUGCAAGCAUUACAUUUCCACUCAGAUCACUGCUAUCAUGUGACGGCCUGUGUGCGCUGGCAUUUGUACUCUUAGAUAAGGUCUUGGCGAAUUAUUGUGGACCAGAUCCAGACUUGUUAUGUAGAGGUUGUUAAUGGAGUUCCACAGAGCAGGUCGACUCCUGGUGUGGAAGAGCAUGUACGUAAUAAGAAUCUAUACUUAGCAUAAGGGAGGCCAGAUUGCUAAAGACUCUCACACCACGCAGGACCUGGGCAAGGUCUUUUUUUUUUUCAUCAGGACGUGAUAAUUAGAAAUUCCUUACACACUACAGUGUAUCAAACAGUAUCAGGUCUACUGAAAGACUUUUUCAAAUCCUGACACAGACUAGAUAAUUUCUUCUUCAUUAUUGCACGACUGCACUCCAGACAGAAUGGCGAGGACUUGAGAAACAGUCAAAAGUAGAAAUGAUCUUUCAUUCACUUUCUCCUUAUGAAGCUAAACUGGAGCCGGCACGGUGGGAGUGUGUGUUUGCUCUGCAGCACUGCUGUAGUGCGCCGUCACGUUCUUAACCUACAAAGAUGGUUUGUAAAGGCAACAUGAAAUAUUCAUGCAGAGAUUAGCUCAGCAGCCGGCUUCAUUCUCUCCUCCUGACUGAUUCACAAAAGAGAGCCGCCGAUGCUCCGACACCCGCCUUUAAUUUAAAAGCAAAUAAACAAGCAGAAGUCCUUUCUCUCUUUCUGCAGGGCACACACACACACACACACACACACAUCUUCACAAAUCAAGUUGCAUGUGCACAGACAUCACACGCACGUGCACCUAAUUAUAUGUGUUCCUAUUAAAGAUUGUGCCACGAGGAUGGCUAAAUAGUCAAAUUAGCUAUCACGCUCUUGCAGAUUGUGAUAACAAAAGUAAAAGAGAGUCUGUUGAAAAGUGUAUUUUUUCAGUUUUGUGUGACUAUGUAAACACGUGUGUGCACAUUUCCUUCCAGCUCUGGCUUUGCACUAGGAGGUGGUUGCUAAGGAACCAGGAGUGCUGUACCUCUUUCUUUUUUUGCUCAGUUCAAUGUAGUUCAGUUCAGCUUUAUUGGACCUGUGGGGGGAAUUUGUUUAGCAGCAACAAAGAGCAAAACAAUAAAUAGUAAACACUUAAGAUCCUAAUAUGCAGACAACACAAGGGCAUGUUUUUCCUGCCUGUGCAAUUUCUAAUAAAGCAAAAAAAAAAAAAAAAUUUUCUCUUUGAACAAAUCCUGAUGAAUGAUUUCUUAUCAGUUUCAUGUUUCGUAAAGAAAUUUCGACCUUUGACUCUGGCUUUUGAGAGCAGCUUUGUUUCCUCGAACAAAAAUAUUUCACUAGUUCUUUCAUACUCUUUCAUAAAGGUACACAUGCAAACACACACAAUUACACAUUCUCCAGUUGCUUUUUUCUAUGGAAUUGACUCAUUUAAAAGUGGGACAUUCCUGCCUGCAGUGUCUCCACAUUAGUUAACAGGAGGAAUCAUCUGCUUUCCUCACUUUGAAUCUGCUUUUUUCCACAGUGUUUUUCUAUAAAUAGGGUCCUGGGAGAGAAAAACUGCCUUUACUCAUUAAAAACAGAUGUCAUCCAUCUGCCAUUUGUGUUUCACUUAAGAAUAAAACCUAUAAUCGGAGGAAGUUAGUAACCUACAAACAGGAACUGAUCAAACCAUGGCGGUUUUAUAAAUCUGUUUAACUUCUGUCAUUCUUUCUGUGUCAAAGUUUAGAGCCGUCAUAACUUGUUUUUAUCUGAAGUUGAUUUAUAAGUGGUCCUUUUCUUGGCUCUGUUGAAGAAAUCUGACAAACUGUCAGGGUGCACAAUCAGUCACAUGUCCCAUUAGUCCAUCCUAAACUACAGGGUUUUAUUGAUAACAUAUUGUUAUGGGUUUUGGUCUCUCAUUGAUGCUCAGUAAACAGUGGAGAGAUUCUGUUAUUCAUGUUGCUCAAACUUAAUUUAAAACACCCCACAUCAUCAUUGUUUCACUGCUGCUUUCUUCUUCACUGGCUGGAAGGAUGUGCUUUAGUUCACUUUCAAACACUUAUUUUCUGUCAGUACAGAAAAACAUGAAUGAAACAUAAUAUUAUUGUAUGUUUAUGAAACUAAUCAAAAUUGAGCUGUCUCGUCUAAUAAAAGAAAACAUACCUAAAAAGAUGUAUGUAAAUGUCUUGUCAGAGGCCUCUCUACAUGUUUAUUAUUCAGAUAUAAAGCUAUAUCUAAUUUCAUUGUGUUUUACGUGACCUUUAAAACACAAUCCUGGAUUUACUCAUGUCACAUUGUGUCUUAAAAGUGAGUAGCAAUGCAAUGCAGAAUCCUCUCUUACUAAACUGACCUCCUCUUCUCAAUUUUUCUGUUUCCUUUAGUUUGCCCGGACCACUGCAAGCUUGCCUGCACAGACAGAGGGGAGUGUUGCCAUAGCCAGUGCCUGGGCAGCUGCAGUGAACCCAACAACGACAUGGCCUGCUCCGCCUGUCUCCACUACCACCACGAAGGUCGCUGCGUUCCGGACUGUCCCCCCGACACCUACAAGUUUGAAGGCUGGCAGUGCAUCACCAUGGACGUGUGCUCCCAGGUGCACCUGCCCGGCGACAAUCACUUUGUCAUCCACGGGGGAGAGUGUAUGCCUGACUGCCCGCCUGGCUUCACACGCAAUGAGACUAACAGGUGCAUACAUUCAGGAUAGCUCUUUAAAAUCAAUCGUUUCUUGUUGUAUAAAAGGUCAGGGCUUGACUUUUCUAAUCUUCUGUACUUGACCAUCAUAGGAUCACAGCCAGAGUUUUUAGUCUAAUUUCCUUGUUGAUUUCUUCAUGAGUAGCAGUGCGGAUUCUGUCAGUAUUGAAAGACACUCCUGUUCUUUAUGUGUUUGAGCCUAAUUGAUGAAUUUGCAUUAAGUCGUCUGCAUUCUUGACCAAACUCUUCAUGGGUUACUUGUAGACGCUGUCUUUCCAAUUAACUCAUGUUUUAUUGCACUUUCACUCAUUGAAUUUGGCAUCUUAACAGCAGAAAUGCACUGAGUCGGGAUGUCAGAAGUCGAAAACACGACUUCAAUGCAGCUUUUGUCUUUUUACUCACGGCUGAAGUGCGAUGUGAAAUGUGUUACACUGUGAAACGUUGCUUGGACUACAACAUUUUUGCAGACUUUACUCCCAAAUCAGGCGUCUAAGGCUGCAUUAAUCAUAAAAAAGCCUGUGAAAUUCUGAAGGAACUGUUUAAGAGCACGUUACUCUUCCUAAGAUUCCAGACUAGACUUCUCAGAGUGUGAAAGGUGCCACGAGACUUACCCUCUACAGUCCACCUGACAUUUUCUUUGUGAACUUGGAUGAGAAAGUGUCUUUGUCUGCAACAUUCCUCUCUGUUUUGUCUCCGCUAUUCCCAAACUUUCCACUUUCGUGUCUCAGCUGCUGUAUAUUUCUUGGCCUUUGUGCUGCUGUUUUGUCUCUGAGGUCAAAGCAGUGAGUCACUCUCUCACAAAACAGAGUUCAAACCGGGGCUCAUAAAAGAUUAAACUCUCAGUUUUGAGUGGUGACCUUGUAUCGUUCACUGAAUUUAUUUUCAUGAAUCCUUUGGAAUGUUUGGGAGGUAGGGAGUGGACGGAUGAAUUCAGAGUGGGGUUGAAAAGUUCACGUUCGAUGUUUUGCUCUUCCUUCGACAAAUUGUACCUAUUUUCCAUAUCCCUUCCCCUCGCAUGAACUUCUCCCCUCUUGUUUGGCUGUUCACAGAAUGUUUUGCAGUGCCUGUAACGGUCCGUGUGAUAAACCCUGCACAUCGUCUUUCAUUGACUCCGUGGACGCCGCUCAGCUCCUCAAAGAGUGCACUGUCAUCGAAGGCAACCUGGACAUCAACAUCCGCCGUGGAAGUGAGUGCGCUUCUGCAGAAAUAUUUCACCCUCAACACAAAGAGCAUAAAAAAAUACGGGGUUAACAUCACUACACUAUUCUGCAGCGUAAACAAACUCCCCUCGCUGAGUCGCACCUGACAGACAGAGACAGAUAAGGGAACGGUUUCUAAUGGUAUUAGCUCCUGGGGGUCCCAUUUAAUCAACAUUACAUCUGCGUCCUGCACUCCAACUCGAUUGUCACAUUAUGCUGUAGUGCUGUCUAUUUGCACUGUCAACAGGGUGUCUUUCAAGCUCACCUCCACAUAUGAUCAAACCCCAACAACGCAGAGCUCACUCAGAUAUGUUUCCAUUCAGAGAUAACCUUGUUGCUAGAGAAGCGGUGGAUGUUCCUGUGGUAAUUAAAGGUGCCUUUAAUAUGCUGAUUUGUGUUUGUGUGUGUGUGUGUUUUAUCCCCUGUCCCCAGACAACAUAGCGUCUGAGCUGGAGAGCUUCAUGGGAUUGAUCCAGACAGUGACGGGCUAUGUGAAGAUCCGACACUCCCACGCACUUGGCUCGCUGUCCUUCCUCAAGAGCCUGCGUUACAUCAAUGGGCAGGAACUCAUCGACAAGUAUGGCUCGUCUGCUCCCUCUGUCUGGCUGCAAAUGUGUGCAUGUGUGUGUCCAGUGUGUGGGGGAAUUGGAGAACAUGAGCGAACCGCAGCCUAAGAGGUUUUGCUACCAACAUUUUAUUCCAGUCGCAGCCUCGGAUAGUGGAAUUUGGUUCCAAAUAUAACAGUGUCUGUGGAUUGACAGCAGGUCUGUCAGCCUCCACUUCACCCUGAUAUCAGCAGUAGUUUAGAUACGAGGGAAAGAUUUUUUGGGAAUGGCCAAAGGGGUCAUGGGAAAUCCUGUCGCCCUCCUUGUUGUCCUUUCUCCCAGGGUCAAGUUUCACUAAGAGGAAUGCCGGGGAUGGCAGGCAUUUGCUUCCCUCUCGAGGUGUUCUGCUGUGUUACUCGGGCUUCUGUGUUUCUGUUUCAUGUCUUCCUCAUACAAACCCAGGCUCAUUUUCAGACAGGCUCCUUAUGCCCACCUGAGCAAGGGCUUAGUGCUGCCACCAGGUGGCAAAACCGUCCAACCACAUUCUUGUCCGCUUCAGCUGUCUUGAAGCAUUUUCAGGCAUCUUGAAACAUCAUUUCUCAAACCACAAGACCUUUUUUAACCCCGGCUCUUUGAUUUUCCUCUGUCGUCAGCAUGUACGCAUUCUCCGCCAUCAACAACCAGAACCUGCAGUAUCUGUGGGACUGGAAUCAGCACAAUCUGACUGUCCUGAACGGCCGUCUCUUCUUCCGUCUGAACCCCAAACUUUGCAUGUCUGAGAUCCACAAAAUGUGGGAUAAGACGGGCAUCACAGUGAAACCAGAGGAAGGAGAUUUCCGGAACAAUGGGGAAAGAGCAAGCUGUGAGUGUCGACCAAUGAAACGAGGCGGAGAAGUCGUCUUUUAGUAUGAUGCAGACUUUUUUUUGACGUGUCUCAUUAUUGAUGGUUUUGCUUUCUCACAACAGGUGAAAGUCAUAUCUUAAAAUUCAAAUCUAACAUCACAACAAGUCAUUCGAUCAAGAUGACAUGGGAGCGUUACCAGCCGCCGGACUAUGGGGACCUGAUCAGCUUCAUCAUCUACUACAAGGAAUCGUAAGUUUUCAGAGGACAAACACCUUCUCAUGCUCUUUGCGAUAUGAUAUAUAAUAAAGGAAGGCAAAGAGAGUUGGAGUAACAGGGUUUUAGAUGAAAAACCUUUCUUUGGAAAUAUUUCUCGAGUCAGAACUUCAUUUUUCAAACACAGGACUGCCCUCAAAAUCAGCCGUCUUUUGUGGAAAAUAUGAUCUUUGUCCGGUUUUGUAUAUCUUACCCCAAUCAAUAGUAACCAGGUGCACCUGUUAGUUUGAGCUUUUGCAUUGAUUUCCUGCCCCAGAGGCAUUCAAAUUUCGGAUGACCAAUGGAAGAAUUGUUCUAAUGUAAAACAAACAACCCAGAUUAGGUCACAUUUGCAACAUCCGUGUCUGCUUAUUUUUGGAGAUCUGUGUUUGAUUACCUGUCAGGUUUUCUUAUUAAACAGCCACAAAAUGAACAAAUGACUGCCUUGAAGGAAGUGAAUCAAUCAAAAGUUUUUUUAUAUUAUGCUUCGGAAAAGGAUUGCAGUUUAGAAAAUACACAAUAUUUGUAAAUACAGGCCUGAAAUGUAUAAAACCAACAGCGGUAUUCUAAGACAAAUCCAUCUGAGCGAGAAUGUGUUUGUUGACGUGUCGACUUUAAGUGCAGAUGGAUGUAUCAUGCGUUUAUUUUGUGUUUUUUUUUUCAGCCCUUUCCAGAACAUCACAGAGUUUGACGGCCAGGAUGGCUGUGGUUCCAACAGCUGGCACAUGGUGGAUGUUGAUCUCCCUCAGGAUAAAAACACCGACCCUAAAGUCACCCUUCCACACCUCAAGCCCUGGACCCAGUAUGCGGUUUUUGUGAAGGCUGUUACCCUGCAGGUGGAGGAAAAACACAUUGCUGGGGCAAAGAGCGAGAUAGCCUACAUCCGCACGCGCCCUUCGUGUAAGUCGAACUGUCAUGUAUCAUCAAAAACACCGCACUUCUUUUCUGUUAUAUAACACAUCUUGAUUUUUGCCCAUUUUGCAGUGCCUUCCAUGCCCAAAGACCCCCGUGCGUUUGCCAACUCCUCAACCAAGCUGGUGGUGAAGUGGUCACCUCCAGCCUUUCCCAACGGCAAUCUGACGUACUAUCUGGUCCGCUGGCAGCGUCAGGCGGAAGACAGAGAGCUCUACCACCACAACUACUGCUCAAAAGGUUUAAAAAACUUGUCUUAUAAAUGUAGCUCUCCUUAUUUUCAGCCUCUUCAUAUCAUAAAUAAAGUAGUCUGUUACCUGUUAAUGCUUGGUAAAAUACCUGACACAUUUCUGCGCAUUAAAUAUUUCAUAAAGUUUAAAGUAUUCUCUCUGGUCAUUCCUGAACACUCCUGGUUUUGCUAUAUACAGAGCUGAAGAUCCCAAUCCGUAUCCCGGCCACGGGUCUCACAGACAUGGAGGACAACACCAAGCCCACCAAGUCCGACCUGUCAGGCGCAGAGAAGGGUCCAUGCUGCGUUUGCCAGAAAACACCUGAGGAGAAGGACCGUGAGAAGGAUGACCGCGUCUUCUUGAAAGUCUUUGAGAACUUCCUUCACAACGCCAUCUUUUUGCCACGGUAAAACACAGACACACAUGAUCGGGGUGACACCCUUCAACUGCUCCUACUCUCUGCCUCCUUUCUUUCUGUCAAGAGCUAAGCUUGUUUGCCAUGACGGGUCAAAAUGAGGAAUGAAGUGGCUGCCCGGGUGUAACAGCUCCUCUUUGGAGCUAACAGGAUCCUGCCAUGGGGGAGCGUAGAUGGACCGGGCAGGGGCUUGGCUCUGCCUUUUUUGUCAGGCAGUGCAGAUGAGGAGACAUGCUGAGUCUAAUUCAAAGCCUUCUUAGUGCGCUUGUGGCUUUCUGUUGCCUUGGCAACUGUGGCACAGGGGGCAUGUUAGGGACCUAGCGGGCAGCAAUUUAAGCAACACAAACAAACCCAGGAGAGAGAUGUGAUUAAGGAGUCUGAAGGGCCAGGUUUGGCUGCACAGUUGUUGCUGUUUAGACCUUUACUCCGCACAAUAGAGACUGACAUCUGUGUUGUGUUAUAUUGAACGUGCUCGUGGCUAAGGACCUAUUCUGUUCUCCACCCACAAUCCUUUUAUUCUCAUUUAGACAGCCGCACACAACCUAUACAUCUCCGACAUCAAUCGGUAAAAUAUGGAGACCUUUUAUAUACUUGCUCCUCGGUUCAUACAGCAUUCAGUCUUCUUCUCUGCUCCUUUGUAAUGCUCUUGUGGAAUUGGAUCGAUAUGCCUCUGGAGGAAGAAUAAUAAAACGCGUCUUUCUCUUGUAAUUAAACACAUAUCUGCCCCUCCUCAGCCCUCCUGCUGCGAUCUCAAGCUGUGUUGAUUUGUUAUAGUAUAGCUGUCAAGGAAACAGGCGGAUGGCAGGUCCCUGGGCCUGCAGCGUUGAGGGUUCAGCCUGUGUAUGCACAGACUCUCCACUGCAACAGAGCCAGCAUUAUUAAAAACCUCUCCAAAGAAAGGCCUCAAAAAUCGGGGAGGUUUUUUCAAAAGUUCAGGGUUUAGACCCGGGGUGAAGCGAGACAGGGUGGGUGAAAAACAGAAACAGAAAAAAGAGGAAAUGUUUUCCAUUCUGUCCCGCUCCACUCGGCUCUCGGCUCUCCUCCUCCCCUUGCACGCUCUCUUUGUCCAGGACUUUUUUUUUUUUUUUUCUGGGGUGAGACAGCUGCCAGGAAAUGUACAGUGGAUCCAUCUGGAAUUUAAAUGAAUGAGGGAAGAGCCCCGUCAGAGCUAGGAGACGAGCAGAAAGUAAGGGAGGCAGGCAGACUGAUUUACUGGAGCAGAGGAGGCUUGCUGCCAGUAUCUGUUCAGGAGACAGUCUGGUGUGAUCCAAAACCUGUCAUCGGCUCACAGGAGUUUUAUUCACUGUAAUCACAUGACGUUAAAAACCAUGAUGAAUUUAUAGAAGAUGAAUCGACAAUAACUCCCUAGAUUUACCUUCCUCUCUGUCAGAUCCAGACAUCAUUCAUUUCUCUUGAGCAAUAUGUGUGUUGCAGACAGACAGAAUGCGUAGUCCUUGCUUUCCUGUUUGGACCCCGUUACAUAAAGGUGGAUCUUUUUUUAGCAGGCGAGGUCAGGCCACCGACUCUAGUAACUCGCUAGUUAUAAGGUCGUGUUUCAGUCAGCUGAGGAGCCUCUUGGUGAACACAGAAAUGAGAUCUCUCCAGUUUUCUCUUAUCUGGCCUCUCGUGUGGUCUUUCAAUUUGUCUUCCUCUCGCUUUUCACUCGUAUUACUCAGGAUAGUUUUAGAUUUACAUGCUUCUCCACUGUCCGUUCAGUGUAACUUUGAUGUACGGUCAGUAGAGGCAGGAUUGCACUACAACAGAGGAAUGUUGACAUGCGAAUGUGAAUGGACAUUCCCAGAGGUCCGUCUGUGUUUGUGGGUGCAGGUCUGCACUGGGCUCCAGUUUGGCAUGGACAGUUUGGCUCUUAGUUUUGCAAAUAAGUAACUUUGUUUUAUGUAUUAAUAUUUAUAUAUGAGACUGAAAUAAUAACUACUGGGGGUGGGGAUGUUGUUAAGCGUUGAGUUGUUUAUCAACUGUGUGAACGCCGACAAUAACUCACUAGAGCUAAUAUUCAGCGCGCGUGCUCUACGGUGCGCACAUUUUUAUUUUUUUUUGUAGGGGAAGGUCCCACCCUCCUUCGGCCCUGAUUGGCUAGAAGCGCUGGGCUCCAAUUGGUUAUUCCUUAUGGUUGUGAAAUGCCAUUGUCUGUCAGUUAGGGUUGGGUUUAGGGUUAGGGUUAGGAGCAUAAACUGUAUAUACUAUGGACAACUUAGUUCCGCCUUCCGCCAGUAUACGGAUUUGAAGCCAAAAAGCUCUCGGUAAUUCCACGUUUUCUCUCCAUUUCCUGAAGCCAACAUUGCGCAGUAGCGUUGUACGCAUUCAGCGGGAGAGUCGCUGUGAUGACGCUCGGCUCAAACACCAUAUCCCCUGGGUGAGCUACGCAAUCUUCGUACGCCCAUAGGCUGUAUCAAGUGUCAAUCAUAGAAAACAUGAACCCCCUAAUAACUUUCAAAAAUGGAGCUGUACAGAAAAAAACAGGACUUGAGCACAAACCAGCAGGGGGAAAAAAAUUACAUUCUGUGUAAUAAAUGUCCAGAGUUUGUCCACAGCUCCAUGAGCUUUGCUGGCGGAGGCGGGAUUUAUAACCUAUACUGCAGCCUGUCACCAGAGGGUGCUGUUCUCGGAGUUACUUCACCCAGCGAGGAGGCAGACGCUGUCCAUACAGUCUACGGUUAGGAGAUUCAGAAUUGCGAUAAUGUUCUGUAAUGUUCUGUUCGAUGUACAGAGCCGACAGCCCGCGCUCAGCUUGAGUGUGUGACGACAUUUCCAGCUUUUCUAGCCAAUCAGAGGCGAAGGAGGGGGGACCUUUCCCUACCAUCCUACGAAAAAAAUACCGCCGAUUAGUCCGAAGUAGAGUCACGUAAGAAACAAAACUAAUUUUAAAGGUGUGGCGGCUUUCAUUUAGCCGUAACGGUGUGCCGCGAUCAACUGCAUGUCGGGGAAACCCUGCCCCCUACAGCAGAGGAACCUUUCACGAACAUUUGAUAGCGCACAAUAAAUUAGUUCAGGACAAGAACCAGCUAAUAAACCAAUAUUGACAGAACUGCUGCAGCCCUGUGCUCUAUAGGAUGUUGCAGUGGCAGUACACUAUGUGAAUCACCUCUUGACUCAUUUAAUAGAACCCGGCCACCUGUUCAUGAUCUCAUCACAUGCCCCGGCAACCCCUAGACAUUUAUCACCUUACAAGUUCUCUGUGAAGGCUUCAUUUACUGUAUAUGGCCUGUUGUCACCAGCUGUCAAUACAGCUUUAUUUUUCCAGCUCAAUCAGAAUUAGCGCUCUUUUAUUUAUCUGUCUGGCUCAGCUUAAGGUAACUGUGGGUGAGGUGCCCUGUGGCGUUUGCUGUGUCUCUACAGAAAUUUUCCAUCAUCUGCAAUGUGAGGUUUCAUCCCUGCUGGCAACAGAGCCCCCAGUUCAGCUGCUACUGUUGAACACUUUGAGAUCAGAUUUUUGUUUUUAUUAUUAUUGUUGAUUAAGAUUUCAGGAGUUCUUUUCUCACUGUAAAAAAAUCUGUCUGUCUGUCUUUUUUUUUCUGUCUUCCUCUGUGUCUGAGCUCUUCACUAUGAUCUGUCUGACCUCAACCUCCCCCAACAGCCCCACAGGGAAAAGCAUGAAGCAUUUGGACACAUGUCCACACACAAACAUAUAAAACACACACACACUCCACCCGCCCCAGAAGGAUGCUUUAGUUUUGACUAAAGAACUAUUAGGAGUUUUUAACCUACAAUUAAAUUUAAUUUUAAGGGUUUUUUUUGUCUCUUAUCUGCAUGUGUUGCAUGUUUUCUCUCUGUGUGUUUCAGACCUCCUGAUCGCAAACGUCGAGAUGUUUUUGGAGUGGCUAACAACACACUGAAUGAGCCUGGUGGUAGAGGGAAUACCACCUUUGGCCCAGCCGAUAACAGCACAGAUGGAAUUCCUCCAAUCAGAGAGUAUCCGUUCUCAGAGGACAAAAGCACUUCAGAACAUUUAGAGAUUCCCAGCCUACGUCCGUUCACUGUGUACCGCAUCGACCUCCAUGCUUGUAAUGAGGAGGUGGGCCGCUGCAGUGCCGGAGCCUUCGUCUUCUCUAGGACCAAACCUGCAGGUCAGAAAUGAAACGCAAUCUGCGAUAAAAGUGGGGGAUAGCAUGAGAUAACUCCACCUCUCACUCAUUUGCAGGCACAUUUCUGUUGUAAGGUUAUGUGUGUAUGUGUAUGUGUGUUCCAGCCAGAGCAGAUGACAUCCCCGGAAAGGUGAUCUAUGAGAGAAGCGACAAGGUGGAGGGUUGUGUGGUGCUGCACUGGCCAGAGCCUGUCAUGCCCAAUGGAGUCAUUCUGAUGUAUGAGAUCAAGUUCCGCCUGGGGACCGAGGUGAGCCAGACUGGGUGUAAUUAAAUCACUUCUCAGCUAUGUUUUAGGACGUAUCAAAACAUCCAAAGUGCGCUGAUACUGCCAAAUUAGUGCUUGUGACUGAUAGGUCAAACUCAGCACAUACAUCAUUCUGCACUUUUUAUCUUUUGGAAACAGACCCCGUCUGUUGCUGCCAACUCUUUGUUGUCUUUUCAACAUUAACCGACAUUUAUUUGUCUCCUUCCAGCCUGAGAAACACGAGUGUGUGUCGCGGCAGCAUUACCGCGAAUUCAGAGGAGCCCGGCUUUCCAACCUGGGCUCGGGAAACUACUCUGCUCGUGUGCGCGCCACCUCGCUCGCAGGGAACGGCUCCUGGACGGAGAGCGUGUUUUUCUACGUGCCUCCACCAAAACGUAAUGCAACAGGUUUCACAUAUACAGGGCUUCUUAAAAAACUGUGAAUAUUGUGUCUAAUAUUUUUCAUUAGUUUUUAAAGGAACUGAAAAUGUGCCAUUUUUUAGACUCAGUACAUGCCAGCUAAAAAAGUUUCAAAGGGUUUCUAAUUUUAUGAUCUGUGGCUCAAGUGAUGUUGAAUUAAUAUGUUAGUAUUGGUCCACUCUGUUUCAUCAAGAAUCCUCCAACCAGGAGGUUUUUUUUAUGAUUCAGCUAUUUAUUUUUAUAUUAUUACAAGACCAAACUAAUAAAAAACAGUAAAAAGAGAAAAAAAAACAAGUCAAGAUACAGUCUUAUGAAAAUAAGACAAAGAAGUAAAAACAAUAGAUAACAAUAAGUACAUAAGUCCAAGACAGGUAGAAUUAGUCCAAGCUCAAUAUGUUAAACGAUCUUACCCAAAUACAACCCCCACAAGCAGGAGAUUUUAAAGCUCUCCAGGCUUCCAUCUGACAAGCUUCAUUGAGAUGUUGAUUUCUUCUGCAGCUGGUGCCCAUAAUGCCAAACUAAAACCAAACAGUUUGCUGGUCAUGGUCAUAUUACUGUGCUUAAUUUGCCAACUUACUGACCUGAACUGAACAGAGCAGAAUGUUGUCAAGAAAAAUUGAGACACAUCCGCCCUUUUUGAAUUAAAAGGAUGUUUUUAAAAUAUCCUAGUUAUUUGAAAUGCACCGGUAGACACACAUUGAAUACAGCAAAAGGAGCAUUCAAGAGUCACCCCAAACAUGAAGUCAGGCUGUGCCGAUCACCCUUUUCUUUCUCUUCUUUCUGACAGGAAACGAUGAUGUUACCUUUUACCUGGUCAUCAUAAUUCCCAUCAUAGUGACCCUUUUCAUCGCGGGCCUCACCACCAUUCUCUUCUUUGUGAAUAAAAAGAGGCAAGUACCUUUAUGAGCACGCUCCACAUUACCGGGCAUGGUCUCACGAUGAUGUUGUUCUGCGUUACUAUGCUCAUGAAACUUAAUGGUCGGAGUAAUGUUAAUUAGAGUAAAUACGUGCUGUUGCUUUCACUAACACUCCCCUGUAGUAAAACGGAGACACCCUGUAAAGAAUUACACAUGUGGUCCACAGUCAGACCAGCCUGCUGACUAACUCCCCUGUGUUUGUGUCAACAGGAACAGUGACAGAUUGGGGAAUGGAGUCCUUUAUGCAUCUGUCAACCCAGAGUAUUUCAGUGCUGCUGAAAGUAAGACUACCACAUUUCUCCUUUUUUGUGUUAUGUAUAAAACCAAAUACCAUGUUUUUAUACAAAAGCUUAUUUCUGUGUAUGACCUGCUGCUUUUUUCAGUGUACGUCCCUGAUGAGUGGGAGGUGGCCAGAGAGAAGAUCACGAUGCACAAGGAGCUGGGUCAGGGCUCUUUUGGCAUGGUGUACGAAGGUAUCGCUAAGGGGGUGGUCAAGGACGAACCAGACACACGAGUCGCCAUCAAGACGGUCAAUGAGUCUGCCAGCAUGAGGGAGCGCAUUGAGUUCCUGAAUGAAGCGUCAGUUAUGAAGGAGUUCAACUGUCACCAUGUGGUAAGAGAGACAGAGUCCAAACUGGUUUCAUAAAAGAGAAAACAUGGAUCGUAAAUUAAUCGUCAUGUAGGAUCCGGUGUUGAAACAAAGCUCCUCUGAUUUUGACCUCAUUACCUGACCUAUGUGUUGGGUAAAAGCUGUCAGGUCAUAUGUUCAGUGUUGUCUGAGGUUGUCUUCUCUCAGGCAGCUGCAGCCUGAGGAAGAGCUCAGCCUCCUGUAGAUUGUGUACAUUCUCCCAUCAGCAUGACCACAGCCUCAUUAUCUAUGUUGAAUUGAUGUGUUUGAGGUUUUCUCUUUUAGAAAAGGAAAGGAUACUUUUAAAAUGGUCCAAGCAAUUUCAACAGAAAUAUUGGUAACACUUUAUUUGACGCCUAUACUAGAACGCAUUAUAAAUGUAUUUAUAAUGCCUUAUAAUCAUGUUAUAGCACUGUAUAACUAUAGUUAACACUCAUAAAUGAUCAUAAUGCUUUAUAGCAAUAAUCAUAACACAUUAUAAAGCAUUUUAUCAUGACUUACAAGGUCAGGUAUUAUAAUGUGUUAUUACUGUUAACAACUCACUGACAAUGCCCACAUAGAUAAUGCAACUGUUGUUAACAGUCAUAACACAUUAUAAUACCUGACCUUUAUAAUGUGUUAUGAUUAUUGCUAUAAACCAUUAUGAUCAUUUAUAAAUAUGUUUAUAACUACAGUUAUACAGUGCUAUAAUGUGAUUAUAACACAUUAUUAAUAUAUUUAUAAUGUGUUAUUAAGAUAGGUGUCAAAUAAAGUGUUACCAAAAUACUUCUUUUUGCAAAUGUGUCAAUGGAUCCCUAGAUUACUUGUAGAUAUGCUUACUGGCUAAUGGUAGCAGAGUUUAUCACACCACAUUUUCCAUUCAGACAAACUGCACACUCUCUCCUGCUUCAAUGUUACCUGUUGCAUGUGCAGUAGUUUGGAUGCAACUUUUGACCCCUCCCACUUUUCCCUGACCUUUGUUUUGUUGCGACUGGCGCAGGUACGGCUGCUGGGCGUGGUCUCUCAGGGACAGCCAACUUUGGUGAUCAUGGAACUGAUGACCCGUGGAGAUUUAAAGAGCCACCUACGAUCUCUGCGCAAAGAAGUAAGCCUGUUUCAAUAAUCAGUCGUUCCCUUUGUUUACUUUUAUAUUCUCUCUGUUUCUCAGUCAUAUGCAAAAAAAAAAAAAGGUCCCUUAGUUUUAUUUGUGAAUUGUAACCAGCACCCUAGGGAGUGGUGAAACAAUUUGACUUGCAGAGCUCAACAUUUUUUGUCCUCGUGUCUUUCUUACUCCACAAGAACUCCACCAGCCAGGUCCUACCCCCGCUCAAAAAGAUGAUCCAGAUGGCGGGGGAAAUAGCUGACGGCAUGUCGUACCUAAACGCCAACAAAUUUGUCCACAGAGAUCUGGCUGCCAGGAACUGCAUGGUAGCAGAGGACUUCACUGUGAAGAUUGGAGGUAAGUCAAGUUAAUACGGUUCCAUCAGCCUCCCCUGGAUACUCAAAGCUGAACCCACCCCAGCAGCCUAGAAAAAUAAGUUUGGAUUUCACUGAGCGCCUGAGGCAGUGGAGUCUUAAUGUAGAUGGACGGACUGAGGGGGGGAAGUGAAGGGAUGGAUGAGUUCUUGGGAAGCCUCCUCAACCACAGAAUAAGUGAUUUCUGGUGGCUUCUGCAACCUCUGAUUUUAUUUUUCUCCUCAGAUUUUGGCAUGACGAGAGAUAUUUACGAGACGGAUUACUACAGAAAAGGAGGGAAGGGCCUGCUGCCUGUUCGUUGGAUGUCUCCGGAGUCGCUGAAAGAUGGCGUGUUCACUACAAUGUCUGAUGUCUGGUAUGAAAACACAUCACUCAUAGGUCUGCAUUAAACAUGUAUAAACCUGCCCUAAUCCAGGGGGCACGGAAACUAUUCCAGAAAUGUCUACAUAUUGUGUGUGUGUUUUGUGCGAGGGAAUUAAUCCUUUAAAAACAUACAGAUCACUUCUCAGCUCGUAUUCUUCGCUGUGUUUUUUUAGUUUACUGUGUGAACAUGCAUUUCCUGCUCUCUAUCCUCACUCUGUGCGCUAUAAAAGCCUCGGGGACCAUCAAAAUUUUUGGUCUCCAGCUGGCCCUCAGGAAAUUCCUCUCUUUGUGACAGGAGUGCAUAAAACAAGAUAAAUCUCUUUUACCAAUACCUUUUCUAUGCCAGCUUGCAGUGAAAUCUCAACUUACAGUUCUGCCACAUUUUUCUAUCUGGAGCGAUACUGUUGUGGAGAAUACAAGUGUUUACUAGCUCUCCUGCAAGUUUUUGUUUCCCAACUCAAAAUAUCCCACGGGUCAGUCUCUAAGAGUGGGCUUAAACUGCUCCAGAUGUUCUCAAAUGAUAGGUUGCAGUUCCAGCAAAAACCCACCUCCACAUUUGCGUACUAUAUCUUCCUCUUUGAAGUCAUACAGAUGAGGUUCAGCGUAAGAUGAACCCACUCUGGUCUCCUGAGGAAUCCACGAGUUGGUGGCUUUUAUUUUGUUGAUCUAGAAAAGCUGUGUGAAUGUGGCUUUGUCUAUUUCAGUCAGUUGGAUGUCACUGUUGUUAUGAGGCGGAUCGUAAGACCGUGGAGUUCACUCUGUGAAAAUAGCACUUCAAAUAUCAUUAUCAGAAGUAAACAAAUAUUGUGGUCAUUUUUAAUCACGAAGAUAAUUUUUUCAUGAAUGGUAAAGUUCUUCUUCUUCUUCUUCAUGAUGUCAAACUGACGGGAAUUUACAGGAAAUACAGAAAUCGGUGUGAUAUUUUGGUACAAAGCUACAUUGUUCUUAAUGAGCUACCUACUCUUUGGUUUGAUAUGGUAUAGAUAACAUCAGGAGAGGUAUUGUCCUGUCUCUUUUAAUGUUUAACAGGGUAUCUGCAGGGUCUUCAUAGGUUUAGAAAUAUCGAAAAUACAAUGUUUUGAAAUUUUAAGGCCUUAAAAUGUCUAAAAUUCUCUUUAAAUCUCAUAAAAUGUCUUAAAGACAAUAUUAAAAGGUCUUAAAAAAAUUUUAAACAUUACUUAAAAAUAGACAACAGGCCACAAAAAUAAAGAUUGAUUUGAAGAAAUGUAAAAGGUUCCGAUUCCUCUUCGCGUCUUUUGUACUUAUUUUGCAAUUAUGGAUGUAAAAUGGAACUUAAUUUGUAUUCACCACAGUCUUAAAAAAGUUUUGAAUUUGACUUGUUGAAACUUGCAGACACUCUGUUUAAUUACUCUGGUAAUUUUUUUGUUGUAUUUUGAAGGGUUUGUGCUUUUAUUCAGAGAGAAUGGGCUUCUUCAUGGAUUAUAAAACUGCUGGAGAGUGUAGAAAUUAAACCCUUUCCGCUCUGUUGAUAGUAUGUAUGACUUGAGCAGAAGGCCAAAUUUUCUACUCAAGAUUAAGUUGGGAUUAGAUUAAAAGGUUUGGAGCUGUGGUGAAGUCCUGCGUCGAGCCAUAAAUCUUUGUGAUUUACACAAAGGAGCAUCGAUUUUUGAGGAACGCAGUGUCAAUGUGAAAUUUCAAGACUGCAAAUUCCGUCUUCAGAUUAAGUAGCAGACAGUCAGCUACUGCAUUCACGUUUCCCAGAUGAUGUUUUGGAUCUUAGACUUUCAUCAAGUAACAAUUCAUUGAAUCAUUCUGAGCAGCCAAACAGUUUUUCUGAAGUAGGGAAACUGUGUUUAACUUGACUGAGUCGAUUUUGUCCUGUUACUAUUCUCAGGUCAUUCGGUGUGGUGCUGUGGGAGAUCGCCACCUUAGCAGAACAGCCGUACCAGGGCAUGUCCAAUGAACAAGUGCUGCGCUUUGUCAUGGAGGGAGGACUCUUGGACAAACCAGAUAACUGCCCUGAUAUGCUGUAAGUAUCUCACAUCAAGAAACCGGAUCACAUGUCCCACUCUUUAAUUAGGCUCCCUAGUUUGUUACAGCACCCUCAAAGUAUGUAUUGUUUUAACUUCUUACACUACCUCACAUGCCUUCUGCCGCAUUAAUAUUUUGCGCAGCGCCUAUUUAAAGUUGUGGUUUUACAUGCGGAGGAUAUCAUGUGAUGUGUCGCUAAAGUAGAGCCAAGAUGAGGCCUGACAUUAACGUCACAGGUUAAAUGCGGUCUGUUGAUGACAUUGCCCGGGGCGGUCAGCUGGCAGGCAGAAGCCUCCUCACCCGUCAGCCUCAGCCCAUAGAAGGGAUGGCACGAGCCGUGCGUGAAAGAUGCCCCUCAUUCCAUCUGCCAGGAAGGGACACGAGGAGGGAGACGACGUCCGUCUUUCAGCAGAGUGAAGCGGCCAGAAGAGAAUUCAUUUCAUUUAUUUGUCAUUUAUUAAUGAACCAUGGCGGCUGUUAGAGGAGAGAAAACACAGCACAGCCUGCUUGUCAGUGUGCACUGUUACAUAUAUGCAUCUCUCCUCUCCCCCUCUCUGACCUCAAUAAGAAGGCAUUCUGCUCUCUCCUCUCCCACUCUCCACGGCUGACCUCACCUUAGAAAGAGAGUGCGAGUCGAAAAAAAGAGGGCCCAGUGUUGUGCAGACACAAACCUCUGGUUUCUAUGGCAGCCUGACUGUUUUGUCCUGAUUACAGGAGUGUGUGGAUUGUGUUACAGAGGUGGUGGGGUGGGUGGGUGGGUUAUUCUCCCGCUCCAUACACAGAAAAGUCAGGGUUUCGCCACUUGUCCCCUCUGCUGCUGUGACUUAAUGGAGAUUUCCAGAAGAGUGCUGAAGUGUUGUGAAGCCAGAAGUAGCCAGAAGUCCAUACAAAGACCGAACAGAAAGACACGAGAGGAGAAAGGAUAACAGGCAGUGGUAUGAGUCAUAUUUGGAGAGCUUUGAAUGCCUCUUCCUUGUUCUGUCUUUCCCAUGGUCAGGUAGCUGUGGGUGACUGAUUGGAUUUCCCAUGUUUCUGUCUAGAGUUUCCGAUCCACAAAAGAGCAUUCUCUCCCUCGCCGGCUUUGGCAGAAAAUCAAAUGUAGACCGUAUGCAAUCCUAUUAAACAUCUCAAUUUAAAGAGGAACUUUGCUGUAUCACUUUCAGCACUACUAUACUUCAAGGUUUCAGCAAGUUAAGGACCGUGCUUUCGGGAAGUUUUCCAAUCCUGCUUCAGAGGAUUUCUGUUCAGGUUAAUGAAACUUCUAGAUGAUUGGAAACGGCCCCAGUAUUCACAUUUAGCCAUGUGUCUGUUUCUUAUUCUUAUCUUACUGACUCAAGGUCUCUUUGGCCCAUCUCUGUGUCUGGUAAAAAUUUGGCUGGACCAGCGCAGUGUUUUCUUCUUCUUCUUUCAAUAAAAGGCAGACUGCCUUUGCGCUUUUAUUUUGAAAACACCCGAUAUUUGCUCUCACUGCUCAGGAGAAAACAGUUGGUUCUCAGUAUGUUAAAAGACAAGGCGGGAUAGAAAAAGAAGUGGAUGACUUUGGAUAUCAAAAACAUCUUGGAUGUGCUAAAAGUAAAAACAAAAAAAUAAUAACAAAUCUGAGUUGUUUUUGAAUUUGAGCAGCUGUUUUCAUGCCAGCGUUAAAGGAGUUGUUUUGUGCAAAACAUCUUCAAAAUGAAUGGGAGCUCUUGUGUGUAAAAGCUGACAGAUCAAAUAUGAGUCAUUUCAACUUGAUGGUAACAGCAUAUGUCUGUGUGUGCUGGGAUUCCUGAUGUGCUCACAAGAAGUCCAGUGUGUUUUUUGUUUGUUUUCUAAAUUUGCACCAACAGGCCUGGUGAGGGGAGCAGACAACAGAUGGUGAGGGAAGAGUGCUGCGCAGAAAUGUUAGCCUGAAUUUCCAGUCAGCUACAUGCACUGCACAUCUUUACAUGGGGGGGGGUCUUUGCUUCUGGGUUUGGAUAUCUGAACCUCAACUCUAAGACAUUUGCUACAAGCCUGGUAAACAAGCUAGAGCUGCCCCCCCUGCUGCUUUAGAGCAGAGAAGAGCCGCGUGCUUAGGAAGGCUUUAACCGUAAGGAGAGAGGCCGGCACCAAGCUGCUUCUGUCGACUUCAGAGAGCACUGUGAGGGGAGGAGAGGCAGAAAACAGGAGCAAGGGAGCGAUACGAGUAAAAAGGAGAUGACAGAGGUGUUUAUGUCGGUGGGCCUCGCAGAGUAUUCUUAGCUUGUUUGUGUAUAAUUGAAGUUGUGGUUGGUGGUGUAGCACCGCGCAAAACUGUAAUAUUUCUCACUUUUAUGAUGUUGUUUUGACAUUCCCGAAAGCUUGGCUGCCGGCCUGGCACAGUAACCUGAAGUAUGAUUUACUGAGCUGCAAAGUUCAUGGCGCAUCGGCAUCUAUCUGCAGUUAUCAUUUUUCUUUACUGCUGUUUAAAUGAAUGACUGGUUUUUGACAGCACAUGUGUGUAGAAAUAAUCAGAUCCAUGGUGGGUACUCUUUAGGGAUUUCAUACUGCCUUUUAGUGUGAAUGGACUGAAAAACAAAGUUAAAGAAAAUAUGUUAAAGGAACACUUUAUUUAUUUUCUUGUGUCCACCUAAAGCAUUAUGAAAGGCAGAGUGGAGGCUUUGAUUGAAAUCCGUUUUUCUGUGAACAUUUCCCCUGAUAACAAGUUGUAGUUAAGUCAUUUAUAGAAAGAUAGUUUUUUUUUAAAGCAGUGUGUAAUUUUUAUUUUGUUCAAGCUCAGUAGCGUGAAACACGGGUCUGGACUUGAGGGUGUGCUGCCACCUGCUGGAGAGAAAUAUGAACUCUCACCACUUGAAGAGUUUUUUAUGAGUUCUGCGUAUUUUAGUGAAUGUGUUUAAUGUAUAGCAUCUGCUGAAGGAAGUGAAAGCUAACCUCAGUUCUUCUAAACUUUCCAACGUCACUUGCAGGUUUGAACUGAUGCGGAUGUGCUGGCAGUAUAACCCCAAGAUGCGUCCGUCCUUCCUGGAGAUCAUCAACAGCAUCAAAGAAGAACUGGAUCCUCCUUUCAGGGAAGUGAGCUUCUUCUACAGCGAGGAGAACAAGCCGCCGGACACCGAGGAGCUGGACAUGGAGGUAGAAAACAUGGAGAACAUUCCACUGGACCCUGCAUCCACCAGACAGCCCUCUUUAGCUGCUGCUCCAUUGUCAGCGUGUACAGGGGGCACGCCGCCUCCAUCUUCCCAGCAGAUAUCCCCCAUGCAAGGCCAGAGUACUCCAUUACUGGGACCUGUAUCUCCCUCCUCCCCAGGCCCAAUCGCCUCAGGCCUGCCAUCUCCAGGCCAACCAUUGGACAAGCACUCAGGACAUGUUUCGGCCAACGGGCCUGUGGUGGUGUUACGACCCAACUUUGAUGAGAUACAACCCUAUGCACACAUGAAUGGGGGCAGAAAAAAUGAACGUGCAUUACCACUGCCCCAGUCGUCAGCCUGCUGAUAUCAGACCAUCCCCUGCUCCUCCUCCUCCUCCUCCUCUUCCUCCUCUUACACAGGGUAACACAAACCUCCCCUCCAUCUCAUAAUGAGGGAUGGGUGAGGUAAGCAAAGACUUUUCUACUGUGUGCCAGUAGAUUGUCUCUUCACUCCUUUAAGGUCAAACACAAACACUAAAAACUGAGAAACAGCACAGAAACCUGCGAAAGCAUCCAGAGUUUGAUAGCACAGACUCAACACUGGGGAACUCCUUCCUGUAUAGCCUGUACUCCAGUUUUUUUUGUUACAUGAGUCCUUCAAGAAGGACAACUACACAGGCAUGUACCCUGACUGACAGAUUCAGACAUGGACAGAGAGAAAAUCUUUCUUUAGCAUAUCUGCCAGCAAAUCCAACAGAAGAGCACUUUUUCCCUCAAAAUUUCAGAGAGGAUGUCGUGGAUAUCUGAGUGUGUAUUUAUACAAACACGUGAUUCUCUAUAAUAUGGUAUAGUUCCAUUUCUAAAUGACUUUCCAUCAAAAGACUUUGUUCACAUGAGUCUCAUGGCUCAUGUCAUGUGAGGAUGCCUCAAUUAUAAUACUCGGACUGAGAAAGAUGUUUUCAUUUUCCUGUUGAUAUUUCUAAGGGUGAUGAUCCCGACAGGAGCAGGUCAAAAACUGAAGAGGCGGGCCCAUCGUGUAUCUGCCAAACUAUUGCCAAAUCAAGCUUUUUCCUCAAAUUUCAAACAGGUCGCCCUUCUUGUUCAAGGCUGUGAUUCAGAGUUGAGAUAUAUGUCUGUGAGUAGAAUAUUCCCAGACUAUUUAGAGGUACUCCAACUCGGUACUUUUUGCUGGUAGCAGCUGCUUCUGAAGCUGGACAGAAUACCGUCAUUUUUCAUUCACACCUGCAAAGUUUUCUCAGAGUAUGCAGCGUCUUGAAAGAGAGUGUGGUGAAUUUACCCUUCAUUUCUGACAAGGCACACAACUCUUUUUUUGAUCCAAUCAAUGCUGUAUCUGAGUAAAUCAAUUGAAAAUUAUAAUAUGAGAACAACCAGGCUAGUUUUUAACCAGCACCUUUUUUUUUUACCCCGUAUCAUGUUGUUCGAUAUAGGAUCAUUACAGGAACUAAUUUUAAAUGUAUUUUACUCAUUUUAAAUGAUUAAAAAAUUAAGUUUUACCAAAUUACGGAUAAAAAAUACUGGAUCUGAAGAGAGGAAUAGUAACUUCCCUACAGUUGCAUCAUAAAGUCUAGCAGGUGUUGCAGUCGCGGGCUUAUCAAAACCUUUGGUUGCACCACAAAGUCCACCCACAAUCAAGCAAAACUUUCAACUUUCUACUUUCAUCUUUUGACCAUCAAAGGGACGACUCUGAAUCACAGCCUCAGUCUGCCUUAGUUUAAAACAAGCCUCCAUUAACAAUAUUAAUUUACGUUACGAGCAUGACUUUAAUGCUUUUUAAAUAAUACAACACAAAGAAAGCAUCAAAGUCACCAAAAUCACUUCUGAUCACCAUCAAAGGAUACUGUUUUUUUCUAUCUGAAUCUUUUGUUGGAGACGUUUAAAGUGUCCAUUUCACCUGGAAGGUAAUCCACCUGCUCCAAUGAAAUGGCACCAAAGCCCUCAGAACAACAGAGAGAGUCUGAAGACCUGAGCAGAAAACAAGAAGGCGUGGGAUCGAACUUUAGUAGCUUAGAGACGACUUUGAAAUCACAGCAGGUCUCUUUUGGAAUAGUCAUUAGUUUCUCUGCAUUUCAAACACAUAUUAAGGUCUUACAGUUGUAUUUUAGACUGCAGGAUCAUUUUUAUACACAUCAUUGGUUUUUGUCACUUUUUUAAACCUUUUUAUGGUUCAAAAUGUUUGCCUCUAUGUCUGUACAGAACAAAGCUGCUAUUUUAUUCUUUUUCUCUUUUUGGAUGUUAUAUAUAAAGAAAUCCUUCAGGUUUGGUAUAUUAUGGUCUCCACUACAGUCCAUUUCCUAUAUCUUCAAACUCUGUUUAAAAAAAACGAUAAAAUGACAAAAAAUAUGAUGAUUUAGGUAUAAGACAACUUUUUUUCUGUUACCCCAUAAGGUUUUCUCAAACACUAUCUUUGCUCAUUGCCUUUUUCUUUUUAUGAAAUCUUUCCUCCUGUAUUUCUUUUGUGGAUGUCUAUAUUAUUAUUGUUAUUAUUAUUAUUAUUGUUAUUAAUAUUAUCAUUAAUAUUAUUUGGAAUGGACACCUUAGCUCGACGUGUGAGUGUGUACUCUCUGCACCCUUUUUGUACUUGUCUAGCACUGCGCCUAGCACUGCCCUCUAGGUGCGACUCAAUCUCAGGUCAAAGUAAAGGCUUUGCUUUCUUUCUCCACACAUUCUCAUGAUCGUCCUCUCCUCGUCUCAGCUUUUGCCUCCUUCUUUUCCGACCCCCGUCAGUAGUGCUUUAUUUUUUCACCCUGCUGGUCCAUCAUGAGCCUCAAAAAUAAAGAAAAAACUGUACCUGCCCUCCCCCCCAACCUCUCCACCACCACCAUGAUCUCCCCCUGGUGCCUCCUUCUGAAGUCAGGAUUAGAUCCAGUAUUCAAGGUACUUACUUCACACCAGAUCUGGUCUUUUAACCCAUCCAUUUCCUGCCUCUUCUUGACUCAACAGGGCUAAUUGGGUUGUCUUAUUUGCCUUAACCACACCAACCAUCACGAAAGCAUUCGAAACGGCAUUUUCCCCUCCUGAAGUUGUGUUUUACAGUCACCUCAGCGCAGUCUAUCGUCCCCUCUGCUGUGUUACUCCCUCAAAGUGAGGACAGGUCUUAUUGUUUGUUUUCAUAGAAAUCACUGCUUCUGAAAACCAAAUAAAGGAUGGGUUAAAGUCCAGGGAAGGGAACACAUUUCACUGUCAUGUAUGGAAAAAGGUCUUAAAACAGAGGCUGAACAGUCAAAGUGUUUUGAAGGAUUCUUCUCAUCUUUUGGAAAUGUUGCCUGGUGAUUAUUAUUAUUUUUUCUCUUUUUUUUUUCCUUUUAGGAGUGUUAUUUAUUUAAUUUUUUAUUUUCCUUUUGUGAUAUCAGUUUAAAUCACUGUAUAAAUGCCCCAUGAUUCAGUAUAAAGUUGGACUUUUUUGUAUGUAUUUCCUUUGGUGUCAUGACUGGGGGAAUUUUAAAAAAACUUUUUAUUCUUUUAAGUAUAUAUCUACCUCACUCUUUUUUAAAUAUAUGUAUGCGUAUUGAAACAAAUACAUCUCACUCUUUCUCAUCAGUUUGUAUAGCAACCUCAUCAUCUUGAUAAAAACCCACAGGGAGCUGAAAAAACCUCACAGAACAGACCAGGACAGGAGAUGGCACAUCUAUAUGGUGGAGUGAAGUGUUGUCACUUUAGCCCACUGAGUUUCUGGAGAGUUUUCAGAGCCACACUAAUAAGAGCAGGUGCAGUAAACUAUCCGACAACUUCCACAGCAGAUAUGCCAUCUCCACUCACUUCAUACAUAUAGUCACAACCUCGAAUCCUCAAGACUGAAACUUACACUUCCUCAUCUAAAACACAUUUCUAUUUAAGUCUAGACAGUUAUUAUAAAGUGGAAUAAUUAUAAAGGGAUUUUUUUUUUUUAACUGAACACCAAGAAAACAUGUAUUUGCUGUCGACCUGCAGCGUGUAAUGAUGUAAGGUUAGAGCAGAGACUUACAUUUCACAACUUCAGUGAAUUCCAAACAUCCAGAUGUCGUUCACACGCAAAAACACAACAUUUGUUCUGUAUAUAGAUCAUUACUGUGAAUGUAACAAAGACAUUUAGGUGUUUUCUACACAUACCAUUAUAGAGAUAGCAGCAGCAGCAGCUUCAAUUCUCGAUGAAAAUGUACAUUUGUUUAAAUUUUAGCGUCUUUUCUUCAACCUCUAAAGCUCUGAUGCUCGUGUGAAUGCCACCAGUGCGUUGUAGCUCUGUUUACGGCUCAUUUCCACUGUCACUCGGGUGAAUAUUUUACUAUUAUCAGACUUUUUAGUCAUUUGGAAGAAAACUUAACAGGCUUUCUCUGGCUUGUUUGUACUUAAACUAAUGCUGCUUCCUAAAACAGUCACCUCAGUGGACCUUAUAACGUUAUUGAAAUAAAAAGGAGGCAACAAAGCUCCUACAUUUGCAAAGCAUCUCAUAAAACUCUUAAAGAGAGCUGCUUUAGUUUAAAGGUCCUGGGCUGGAGACCAAAAGUAACAGGUGUUAAAAAUCAAACCCAAAAGCAAUAAAAAAAAAAAAGAAAUCUGAACAGGCCUCUGAAGUGAAAUCUGGGUGCUCGAUCUAUGGCGUUUCAUCCGAGCACGUUUGAGGAGAAUAACAAUCAAAGUCAGUUGGAAAACAGUCUGAUUGCUGCUAAACAUCACACCGGUACACUAAUCACCACUGACGAGCAUCAACCUGGGUAGUUAACAUAUCUGAUCAUGUGUUUUUUUAUUGUUUGGAUGUAUGUUAUGAUCAAAUACGAACAUCAGUGAUUUAUUACAACUUCUUUGGGGUCUGGCAGUAGAUAAUUUGAGCUGUAGUGAGAGGAGUUACUGAUGAAUUACUUCUUAGAUCUCACACUUGUUAUGAUGAUAACAGCGUUUGAAUUACUUGGGCAUAAAGAGGACAGGGAUUUUGCGUAGAUUACGGGUAGUUCUGGUAAAGAGUGAACGACAGGAUUAGGAAAAGGUUUUAGGUGUAAGUUUACAGCCUCACAGUAGUUGCAACAUUUUGCUUCUUGCAUUAACAGAUCUUAGCGUAAAGGUACUACAGCUACUUCAAAAGACAUUGAACUUAGUCAGUUUUAUCAUUUUAAUUCUCCUGAAUGUUCUUCAUGCAGACCUCAGGUUCAUGGAGGAUGUGUUAGUGCAUUCAAACUGCAAUAAGUUUGAGGUUUAUCAUAAUCUUUCUCAUAAUCAUCAUCGUCAUCAUCAUCACGCCUCUGUUAUUAUGAUUUGCAUUCCUACAUCUUCUGAGGGGGCCUUGCUCUUCUACGUUAAUUUUAUCAUCAAACUUUCUCAAAUCUAUCUGUAUUCUUUACCUGAUUGGGAAAAAAAAGUAAUUAAAAAAAUUCACAAGACUCUUGUCUUUUUCAAGCUCUGUAUCUGAGGCCUCAAAGUUUUUUCGCAUCUAUAAGCCGAGAUGGUGUAUUUUUGAAAUGCCAUCUCUAAAAUGUGUACCUGAGAAUUUCUUGUAUUUUCUUUUUCUGAAAUUUUGAAUAAAAUAAAUGAAUAAGAACUAUGACUGUGGCUGCAAUUCCUCAUCCUUCCUUUAGAGUUC